AUGCAAGAGGAAAUGAUGAUAAACGCCCUUAGAAUAUAUGGUACGUGUAAUACAAUCCAUCUUUAAACCCUAAAAUUUGCAUUUACGAACUGCCUUUACUACAAUUUUGGGGAAGAAUUUGCCAUUUUAAUAUAACGUCAAAACGUUUUCCGAUGGAUCAUGUCAACUUGACGGUAAAAAAAUAACAUCACGUAACCCAGCUGAACGGAAAAGGGCAAAAAAUGUUGCCUAAUUAUUUAAUAAAUUAAAGUGGAAAUGCUUAAUUGGUCAUGGAAUCUUUAAUAAUGCACCAGAAUCAGCCAAAUUUAUUCGAAAAUCUAUCUUGUAUUCAAGAGCAAAUAAUACUUACUGGAGUCGCCGAUGAUUGAUGGCUGCAAUCUUCGGCUGCGGAGAUCCGUUUAGCUUCUAUUAUCGAGAGUCAAUUUUAAUUAAGGAAUUAACACAUAAAAUAUAUUUUGUUUUAUAAUAAAUAAUAAUUCCUACUUCGUCAAAACGCCUUCAUUCAACUUUUUUGGGGAAGGGGGGAGGGGAGAGGGGAGGGGGUACCGUAGUUCGUUUAGUAAUAAAUCGGAUGGGAAAGGCCAAAAAGAGCUUUCUUAAGGUCGUAAAUGGGAAGGUCGUUAAGGAAAGGCGUCCCGCAUCCAUAGCGCCGUAUCGCGACUUUUCGCAAUUGUUCCCAUAGCGACUACAUGGACAAAAUCCGCUAUAAAUCCGUCAUUGUAUCGCGACUUUUCCACAGCGAGGUGACGUCACCUCGCUAUGGAAUUGCUACUAGGGUAUUAUUACUCUAAGUCAUAAAUACAAAAGGCCUCUUUGCAUCAAGUCUGGACCGUUGAAGCGGGUACUUGAAUUUUUUAAGUUUUACUUGCAAAUGAUAUAUUAUUGCAAUUAGCGUUAGUCUUGGUUUCGCAGGAAUCAUAUCUGCUUGACAUCUCGCAGACUACAGACCAAUAUUAACAAACUUACAUCACAUCAGUAAAUUUCUUUAUUCACUUUAUUGCUGUCAGUACUGUCAGUAAUGGGAUUGUAAAAUAAUAAAUGAACAUUUCGGAGAUUGCUGUGUCUACGUUUGAAAGGGUUACGUGCACGUUCAUAGCCCCUAAACGCUAGUCAUUAUGUCCUUGACGUUUGCGAGUGCCUGGCCGCAAUAACGACUUUGGCAUAGGUAUCAACCUGGACCCAAUUUACGAGUCUUUCAUUAGUGGUAUGGCGUCUCAAAUUUACAAAACUCUCCGAAACAGUAGUUUAUAAUGCAUUCACGGUAAGACGAGAAAUUGUUUGUCAAAACCGUGCUUAAUAAGCGGAUAGAUCAACUUCCUUCUCUUACUCCUGGCGACCUUAUUCGAGUAUUGGAAUUCCUUGUCAAAUGUGCAUCCCAGAGACGUCCAGUGACCCUUGUGAUUGAAGAUUGUAACUCAUGUUUCUACCUGGGCCUUUUAUGUUCAUCCACAAAUCCAUUCUGCAGAAGGGAGCAUAGCUGAUCAAUGUAAGCAGUACAUAUUUUUAAAAUACCCAACUGUCCAUUAACAUUUCGAAAACUUGCGUAAUUAAAAUGAAUGACACAAGUAGCUGUAAGUGUUGUGAAAUUAAACUGUCCCCCAUAGUGCACUUGAAGCUAAGCGCAUGGCCUCCGUACAAUAUGCUGUGUAGAGUAUAACGUCUACCAGUGUGUUUUUGGCUACGUAAUUGCACAGAUACACUGGCAAAUAAUGUGUAAAAUGCAUCUUUUUAUCAUUUACAUAAAACGUAAUUUUAACAUUUUCUUACUUAGGUAUGCUUAUGAACUUGCUCAGACACACCUUUUAAGAUUGCGCGUACUCGUAGGUUUCGUUUAUAAUUUGAUGUGUCAUAGCAAGAGUGACGAGAUCUAGUAAUUUGUUUUUAAUUUUACCAUUAGAUAUGUGUGAAUGUCGAAAAUUAAUGAAAAUAUCUUUUGCGUUCUCCAGAUUGCGCAUAAGCAAUAAAGCCCAUCCCGGCAUAGUUUAACAGGUAUUGCCGGUUUUGCUUAUAAACUUAAAAGUCACUGUACAAAAGCUUGUGCAAAAUAUAGUCAACGUUGUUAGUCUUCUUUAAAACAACAUUUUCCACCAUGCUUCAUCAAGGCUUCACCAUCAAAAUUGAGUCUCUUUAUAACACAAUAGCAGAAACGUGUAUAAGAAGUACACAUCCUAAGACGUACUGUAGUGUCAAAUAUGUUCGUUUAAUAUGUAUUUGAUAAAGAGGUUAAUUCUGCUGACUUGUCGGCCACAGGAACCGCAGUUCUAAAACAAGUGGACGCGAGAAAAAUUUGAAAAUGCAAAACCUCACGAAGUCUUAUCUCUGACAAUCUGCCGCUAUAUUUAGCAGACAUCCUAACAAGCAUGUUUUCGACAACAGAUUUGGCAUUGCACACAAUGAUCAUUUAGUGAAUUUUUUGCACACUAAUGUGUUUUAGCUGUUUUGUAUCAAAUAUGCCUACAACUGUCGAGGACUUUUAUCAUACAUUUUGUAGCAUGACGCCCUUUAGUAAUAAAGUUUGCCCGUUGUCGUUUUCUGAAGCAAGUAGUUAACGUUCUUAGAUCCGCUGUGUUUUAAGUAAUAAACAAAUUAUGACUGGACCUUAGGUGUUCCACAUCUCGGGGUUGAAUAUGGCUGGCUGACCGCUGCUACCAUGCCAGAAAUGGCCGUUACAGUCUCUCUUGUCUUUGUCGAUAAUAGUACUCUGUCGAAAUUUCUAUCUCGUAAAAUUAACUUAAAAUUCCUUUGCUGGCGCGCUUUACUGAAUCCAAGCGUAGUAAUGUAGUUUUAAAUAAAACCUGCUCCUUGUUUUUUGUCUUCUGUCGGUUAACGAUACUACCCACUUUAUCUUAUUGCUUUAUUUGUAAGUUACUAGAUGCCAAUAUUUACUGAAAACUAUCAUUAGAACAACAUUUGCAACCGAUACUUCAUCCGCAUAUACCUGAGUGGGACAUUUUGUAACCUAUCUAAUCGUAACUUACAGUCCGACAAGCAGUAGCUUAACCAAAAUGAACAGCUAAACUCAGCGUUGGUCUAAGUAAUUAAUGGACCUGUACCAAUCACUUUAAUUUAUAAACAUGAUCCAACUAAUGGCCCUUUCAGAAAAUAACCGAGUUUCUUUAUUCACUAUAAUUGCGAUUGGGGAGAAUAUUGAAACCUGCUCCCUGUAAAUGCGUCUGUCGGACAUGCAACGUCACAUUGUCAUUUUGAUUGCCACUUUUGUUAACGCAUGAUAUUUGUGGAUAGCAGUCCAUUUUAAUGAAAGCACCGCGGAUUACCCCUAAUAAUUUUGGAAAAAUUACGUAGUUCGUGCAACGUCCUUCUUGAACUAAUUUACUUAAUCGAUCAACAAGAACAAAAGGGCUAGCAUAUCUUGUGAUUAUCAUCGUCAAAAGUAAAAUUCAAGCUAUAGACAUUAUUGCUGCAUUUUAGACAUAAGGUUCAGUUGUGUUUUGACUCAGCUUCUAUCAAACAACAAUUGCCUUUUUACGCCCUGCCUUACCUAAGGUAUGUGCAGCUACUUAUCAUAAUAUAGGAUAUUAUAAAAAUAUUACACUUGUUCUGAUUUCAUGAAGAUAUUGCCUACUGAUAAUGCGCCUGAUCAUGCAUGUUUAGUUUUCCGACUCUCAACAGCAUAGGCGAUAACGGACGCACAAAUGAUUGUCAGUAAUCCCAAAAUUUCGGUACAUCAAAAUCAAUAAUACUGCUAAAGCCUUUAGGCUAACAAACAGUCUUGUUUUGUGUAUUCUCUCUUGUGCCCCUUGGCAAAGUUUGAUAUCAACAGUUAAUUUACAAACUAUUUACACGUUAUCAGACUUGGUCUGCAUUUCGCUCCCAAAAAUAGCACCAAGCCUUUAAAAAAGUAAGCAUCAACUUAUGGAAACAUCCCCAAUGCUCUGUUUUAUGACGUACAUUGUUACUUAUUUGCGUCUUUUAGCCGACUACUCCGAUGACAUUAGACACACGAUCCGUGCUGGAUAUAUAAAUUCCGAGAUGAAUCAUGAAAAGAGUCUUCUGAUGCCCUGCGAAGAAUCGGAGAGUGGAUAUAUCUGCAGGCUAGUAUGCGACACCAUCGGAAACCGCUCUGUGAUCGGAAAGAGUGUCUUUUGGACAGCAAAAAACAUGGGCUCCGAUAGUUGGGUCCGAAUUUAUGAAGCGAAAGUCAAGACGUCACCACUGGAAUUAAAAAACAAAUCAGCAGGUAAGCGGAGUUGUGUCAGCCAAAUGACUACUUAUCCGGUGGAAUUUUAAACAAGUCUUUGCUCCCAAAACUCUUCACCAGUCUUAAAAAAAAUAACAGCAAUUAUCGCAUUCUAAGUCUUAGAAAUAUGUAUGCUGUAUUGAGAGGACUGUAAACUCUCAGGCUUCUGAUAACGUGAUUUUUUCACAAGGGUUGCUAAAAUGCUAUAAUAAUCACAUUUACAUCACCGUUACGUAGAACCUAUUGCAAACAGAUGUCAAAAUCUCCCAAAUUGUCAAGUACACAGUGCUUUUCGACAGAACACUAAACUUGAUUAUACUGAAUUUUCAAGACGUCACGGUAACCCGUCCUCAUAUAAGUAAAGUCGACUGCACUUGGGCUUGUACUUGGCUGGAUUGCUCUUACUAAGGAAAAAUGAAAUAAACCUGUUGUCAUUCGCAAAAAGGUCUAAGUCUAUGCAAUAACACAAGGACUUUUCCGAUCAGACAUAAUCGUUCUAAUGACAAAUCGCGUCCACGUGAAAUUACCUUUCUUAUUGCCUCAUUGGUAACAAUCGGGAGAUGACACCAAAAAAAUCCGUUGCCUAGAAAUAGUACCUUUAACAGUGAACUCAAACGCCUUCAGGCUAUAUCAGUAGUUGCAGGCCUACUUUCACGCACUACUUGGACUUUCCCCGACGGCCUAACAUGGGCUGGCCGAACAAACAUGGCGGUAGGUUACAUGGACGAUGGCCGCUGUUACCCAACCUUCUCCAUCGUUACACACGUACACCUAAAUAUACGACAUACAUUCGCAUUAUGGCAGUUUAUUACAAAACAAAAUCACUUUUGAACAAAAUAAGUCUGCACAACAUGGGACAGGAACAGUUCCCGGACAUCUGUCAAAGCCAUGGCAUUGAGGCCAAACCAAAGACGAUACUGUACUUCGUCUAUGUGAGCCCACACAGCUCGACCACAUACAGGGUCUCCCUCGUGGAGUUUCCUUUUCAGUCUACUCCAGUAUGCCUCAAUGGCAUUGGUGUGCCGUCCGGUGAUAGGGUCUUUGAAGUUCUUUGAGUGGUUAACAGAGAAAUGUCUAUAACCUUCUGAGGGAAGACGAUUAUACGCCUUCCACUCGUCCGUUACCACUAUGCUGUCUUUGGCGACGCAUUUUGUAAUAACGGAACGGAGAGCGGGCCAACUUCGAUCAUUCAUCUGCUCAAAUAAGGCUUUCCAUCGGCUAAUAUCGUACAUCCUGACCAGCCACCACCCAUAAAACCCCUAUUAUCACCUGUCCCAUAAGACAGACUGCUUUGGUUAGGCGGAUUUUUUUGGGUGCCAUCUCCCGAUUGUUACCGCCUCAUUUAACCUUCAACAACUAGUACGAGAAAAGUGGUCUAAGACAGAGAGCGGUUUAUGGUAGCUUUCAGUCAAGAACUGGCAUUUCCAUCACCUGGCCUGUAGUUAAUCAUUUAUUCCACGUUUUAUACUAAAUGUCGGCCAAGAUAGUGGACCUAUCGCAUCUAGACUUUAUUCAAUUUUUUACGGGUUUCCAGUUUCCCUGACUUUGCAUGUAUUUUUUCUUAGCAAGUUCGUUUCACGUCUAUCAUCCAUACUGCCAUAGAGGGGCUUAAUAAGGCCGGAAGUUAAAAGGGGAUUUUUGAAAAUUGAUUGUGUUUUUACCUUAUGACGUAGACUAAAAAAGUUAUACACAUUCUCCGGCACCGAAAACACUGACGUCUUCCCAUAGCAGUUGCCAUUCUGCUAUCGAAAGUCCACAAACACUUCCUGUUGUCUGUUUAUGCACUAUUUUGUUGUUUUUGCAUUUCCUUAAGCAUAAUCAUGGGGAAAGUACUUGAGGACUUUGAACUUUUAAUGCGUUCUUCAGUCAACCAUUUCUUACUUUACGUACAUAGUGCGCGUAUUGCUGUUUUCAGGAAAAAUCCGAGGCUUAUUUACCAGAUUUAAAGUUGGAGGUGUUAGUCAUUCAUAUUAAUGGUUGCCCAAUGGCAGAGCUAAAUAGCCCUGAAAUAUUACAGUCGAGAUGGCGUCCCUACCACGUGAGUUAUCUAUCAGUGUCAAUUGUCAAUGCCCAACGAUUCGCCGUUAACUGUCAUACUGGAAGUAAAGCCUGUUCUGGACAUAAAUGUCGUUGCUACAUACCUCAUGCUGAGCACUAAUGCAGUGUCUCAUCCUCCCAUCAAGACUAUUGAUACUUUACCGAUUCAGUAUGUAGCGGUUCUUUUCUCUCGCAACCUGUAAUCUUCCCUAAUAAGUGCGCAAAUGCCUGUGUUGCCUACUGUUUUGGGAACAUUGGCUAAUGCCACUGGUGAUUGCAACUAGCAAGCGAAACGUUCCUUUGGAAUUCUAACCUUGAGAACGCGGAAAAUCUGAAAAGUGACGGCGAGUAAAACGCCUUUUUUAUUAGAGGUCGCUCAAGCGUGAACACCUGACAAUAAAAGAGAUUUCCUUGUUAUGCUUGAGAGGCGUUAUUUUGACGCAGAGGGUUGCUUCUAUGAGUAGUCGCCUGUGAUGAGUUCACCAAACAGUAAAAUUAAGAGAGGAAUGACACCUUCGGACUUUGAGAUAUUUCAAUACAAUGCUGCAUCUAAAGAUUUAAAUAAAAUGAAAAAGACAGGAAGGUCGAAAAUCCCUAUUUAAAUCUUUCAGUAACUAUAGAAGAGAUUGUAGACACCGUAAGUAGCUUGCACUUUUUAUUUCCGACCUCUGUGUUGGCAAGAAACUUCGGGCCUGACUCGUAUGCGUUUUCAAUUCGAAAAGUAGGAUUGCCCUGUUCAUUAUCGCGUUACAUAAUGUCAAGAUAUCUCAGUCACGUCAAAAUCUCGUCUUCUGAACGAGCUUCCUCUCGGCUGGCUGCAUAGGUCACAUUCCGUAAUGACUACUUAAGUAUUAUGAAUUUCCCCACUGAUUUUCGAUGUCCUUGUAAAUUUGGACAUACUUUAUGGUAAACUCGAGCAAAAAUAUCCCUCAUUUUAAGCAUUUAAAUAAUUAAUUCGAAGAUAGUAUAUCAUAAUGUUUCAGAAAAUUCCCCCAAUUCCCGAGUAAUGUUGAGCCCGACCUGCCGUUUCAGAUGCGUUCAGGGUUUCUUCUCUAAGCUGCAUGGAUUGCGAGUAAAAAGUCAUAUUUUUCUGCAGGCCAUUAAAAAGAGGUUAUAUAGAGCUCAGAAACUUUUCAACGGAUGCGAACCACGUUGUCCAUCUUAUAAGCAGCAUUGAUAAAUAUCCUAAUGCGAUGCAGUAUGAUCGGACAUUUCGCGGUCUAAAUAAACGAAAUAAUUUAAAAACUCUUUUAGAACUAAAAAUGCACUUUUCUCAAGUAUGCAAUUUAAAUAGGACGUGAUAUCCUGUCAAACCGGAAAAGAAAGAGUGCUUUUAUGCGUGUGUUUUUUAUGAAAUAUGUUUGAAAUUAUAAAAGCAACUCGUGUUUCCAACUCACUAUGGAGAAUGAGGUCAAAUAGGUCCAUUAGAUGGAUGAGAGCAUGGUGAGUGUGGGCAACGAAUACUGCUACUUGGACAAAAAUCUUGAAUAACUACGUACUUCAGUCGGGAUUUCCAGAAAAACACUCAUAUAGCAAUAAGAAUCAAAACCAAUAAUCAUACCCAGCACCAGAUAACGCAGUUUUCAGGCGAUUUGUGGUCUAAAAAUUGCGUUUAUCGCCUUCUGUUAUGGCAUUAAUUUGGUAGUAGUAUACCUAGAAACGAGAAAGCCUGGGAUACACAUCUUUGAUCUAGUUAUUCCCAUCAACCAUUCCGGUCCCAUAUAAGCUGGUAAAUGUGUUCUUUUAACGUCUGUGUUCCGGCAAACAGUAUUUAGAGCCGAAUAUAAAUGGCGAUUGAUGAUUCGACUUAAAGCCACGAUGGAAAAUGCACACCUAACUCUGCCCCUGUUCCGUAUUGAAACCAAGCCGAACGAGUGACACCAGAGCCGCGUGUUAGUAGCCCUGUACGGACAAGUAUCUUGUUUUGAGAGCAAUAGGGAGAAAAAAAAUUGCCCUUUACAACAAGCGCAGGGCAUUAAUUCUACAGCAGGUUCCCACGGCCAAUGCUUCUCGUCAUAAGCUAUCAACCUUUAGCAUGUCUCCCUUUUUUACGAAGGGAAUGUACUUGGGAAGCUUUUAAUUAAACAGAUCUUUAAUGGUGUUUUUCUAUCAAAACGUAAAAAAGCUGACGUCUACCUUCAAAAGACUGUGGAAUCCUUUGACAAAAUAGAAAAAAGUGUUUGAUAUAUUUUGAACCAGCAGAGACAGGGGUGAGGAAACCUGCAGCAUAUAAAAUUUACCACCGUCCACAUGGGUGACAUCAGACACAACUGGAUGAGAGAACUAGCAGGCCGUUAUUGAUAUCUUCUUUUUUCCCAAAGGGGUCAGUGGAGUGGUUUCAUCGCGCUUGAGCUCCAACCUUGAAAGCACUUCCCAGGAAAGCCGUGGUGGAAAUUUACGUCUGUCUGGUCUUUCUAAGUAAAUAUUUAAAUGAACAGGCUGCUCAGUCCCGGGGAAGAUAUCAUCUAAUGCAAAGUCUUGUUGGCUAGCUGUCAAACUGACCGGAAGGAGUUCGAAGAACCCGGCUAUAUUCUAUCUAGCCUGUUAAAUUGGUAGAGUGAAAUCCUUGUAGAGGACUAUGAAAUACGUAGUUCUUUCACUCAGACGGCUGAAACCACUGUCAUCUGAUCGAAAGCAUGCUACAACCACCUCGCAACGAUACACAUCCUAUGAACCUUUACAGCCAAGGAGCGAGGAAAACGAGCAAGUCCUAUAAUAGGUCUGGGAACGUCUGUCUACCACCGUUAAUAUUCUCGAUCCACACCUCCAAGAGGAAGAGCCCGUGGCUCAGUAAUUAGGACGUUGAACCCCUAACCAACAUGUAGCGGGAUCGAUUUCCAGGUGUUGCAUACCUCGGGGAUGGGUAUGGCCAGCUGAAGAUGGCUAAUAAGCCGGAAGUAAUUGUCCUCGUCCGCCUUGUCUUUAUUCGCAAUUUAUUUCUGGAUAUAACACUAGUUGCUGACUGCUGACAGGGCUUUAGGCUGAGCACCAAAAACAUAACGGGACAAGUAAGUUCCAUAAUCAAUCGGUGAGUGCACAACUGCCAAAACGAGUAAUGUCAUCUUGACGGACAAACCGUUCUAAUUUGGCUCAUACACAUCCAAUAGGUUCAUUCUCCAGCAUUGUGAUUAGGGGUCUGUCCAACACACUGACAUCUUUCAUAAUUAUAGAAACUCUGAGGAACCCUUAUAUGACCAUUUUUGAUGUACUAGGUACAAAAGGGGAGAAUUAAUAUCCGAUUCUGUCACAUUUCCGGCCACUAGCCAGUCAUACCAUCUUCCCUGAGACGAAGUAAAUAGUCUGAGUAAAUCAGUUUCUUUAUCAUCUACAAUUUUACCAUCACUUAGCAGCUCUUUCGCGGGCGUAUUCUACUAAUAUAUUUGUGCGUAUAAGUGAGCAGUUAUUCUUUUAACUCACCGGCCCUAGAAGAAAACAUCUGUUUGAAGAGGCCGUUCCAUGUGGAGGGCUGGAGUGGGGAAGAUUGCUCUCAGCGCUACUGGGAGCUCAUUGAUGGGUCGGUACCGUCAGUCUCGCCGACACAAGGAUCCGGCAGUAGCAUGACAGUAUUCUUUGGACGAGUCUACUUCGCGGAGCGGGUGGUGUUCAUCCCAACACCAGGUCAUCGUGAUUUUGGUGAGUUUUGAAAGCAAAUUUGCCUUUCGUAGAGAGGGGUAGUAAUAAUGUUUCUUUUUUCAAAAAACGCUAUACCGGAGAGACUCAAUGGUCCGUUCUUUUUCCUACUGUCCUCAGAAUAAAUCUUAAACCCAGUCAUUGUAAUACGCACAUUUCCAAGCUGAGUUGAUGUUUAAUAUUCAAUUCGGUUAGAUCGCAGUUGGUAGCCAGGAAUGGGGGAACGGGCAGCGACCGUAACCCUAAUCCUAACCUUAACCCUAACCCUAACCCUUUCUUCAACCCUAAACGUUAACCGUCAAACUUAACGGCAACCCUAACCUUAACCGAAAACGUAUACGUAACCGUAGCCCUUAGACAUAGCCAUUACUGAAAAACCUAACCGUAAUACUGAUACCUAGUCGUAUACCGUAACCCGAAAACCUAAGCCUAAAGGCAUAACCCUAACCCGAAAAUCGGAAACCAUUAACCGGUACCCUAAUCCUACCUCAGACGUAAAACGGAAGCCAAAUGGUCAAAUGUGAUUAUGGAACCACACAAAAUAGCCCCAGUAAACAAACCACCCAGCCACCUGUAAUGCGGGGCCUGGCUACCAACUGCGAUCUAGCCUUUCAUUUCAAAUUUCACGCUAUCUCAAUCUCAUGGUCGCGGGGUGUAUGAAGGCAUCUCAUAAGUACCACAGAGUUCAGAGAGUUACGGGGUUUUGAAAGGUGGCUCAGCUGAAAUAACCUCACUCGACUGAAAAUCUAGUAUACUGAGACAACUAAUCAUGCUCAUAAACAGACCCCCAGCGCCACAAAUUGCUAUUUCCCUGUAUAAACUGAAGGGCGACGACAGAAUUUCCGGGAGUUUUUAACUUCUAUCGUUGUUAGCACGCAGUUAUAUCUGCUCGAUCAACUGUGUGACACCCGGAGGCGGCUUCUUACCUCAGCUAUGACGUUGUACUAAAUAAUGAGCUUCUAAGUCGGGUUAUUGUCCACCUUUGAAAUAUGUCCGAAGCUAACAACAUGAAGUUCGGGAUAAAACUAUGGAUGUGUGUUAAGCAAGAUUUGAUGAGUACGGUAUCCGCAGUCCAUCGAAGUUUGAAGUAAGAUAAAAGAACACUUAGGGGCUUCUCCACGUGAUCACUAUGCUUCCUAAAGACAGUAAGUUUUGAAAACGCUCCUAUCCGACUAACUUUCAAUUCUGCAUUACGAAGUAAACUAUGAUUUUCUUUCAGCAUUUGAAAGACAACAUCAGGAUUUAAGGGGAGAAUUCGCAUUCUCAAAAUAGCCACGUCUUUGGUGAUUUUAAAACAACGAUCAUGGUAGGUGGCCUAGCCGAAAAGGACGUGACCUUAGCUGGCAGGGCAAUAUUUUGGGACAGGACAAUAACUAGGAGCGAGAACAGAUGGAGGGGGGGACACCCGCAAAUCAAUCGGAACAUUCAGCGGCCUUGAGAACACACCUUGCAGGCGGAAAACCUCACAGCACGCUAGGCCCCCCCCCCGCCCCCCCCCCCUACCCACCUGGGACACCAAAUCUGGCGACCACGGCGGCGAACAUCCCCGGUCUCACGGCUAAACAUCGCCAGGAGACCGCAUUGCUUCACGGGGUGGGAGCUUACAGAGGCAUGUAAAAGCGGCCCACUCCCCACUGUGCCGCUGGUUACGCGGUGAACCGACUAGUUUCCGACGUUGAACAGCCGUAGAUUUUGUUCAAAAAUUCAUAUUAAAAUGCAGCCAUACUGGUGUCCGGCUCAUCCUGUCUGAACUCUACUUCCACCACAAGCCAAUAAUGGCUUGUCAAAAAUAUUGGGAAAAGCCUAGAACGUUGUCAACAUUUUAUGAGAUCGGUCGCUGAUUGCAAUACGUGACCUCUAAAUUAUAACUGGAGAGGAGUCGCUAUCCCCUGGCCAGCUAAGGUGCCGCAUUUUACACACGGCUACAGAAUGUGUGUAGCCUUUAUCACUGAGGCGUGGUAAAAUUGCGUUGCCGCCCAAUUACAUGCUGUUGGCUAAGAAACCGACUAAUGAUAGGUUUGCCUUAAAACAUCUAGACGGAGGGCACCUGAGGAGCAGUUCAUUGUCAUUUUAGGAGACGCACUGUUGAGAGGUUCCAUCCUUGACGGUAGUCAUUCCUUCAACACCAUUCCUUUUUCACUGCAGUUGAAGUUGUGGUGAAGAUAUUUAUUCUACUGUUCUGAUUGGUUCGUAUUGAUCCCAUUUACGAACUCUCCCGUAAUCACCUCGAAUCGCGGUAAAUUAUUUUAGUGAGGUUGUGUUGGAUGACAAACAUCUUGAAGUACGCACUAAUGCCCAAGCCAAACAAUUGGAACUUGGAAAAAUUUCACCGAAACCGUUAAAUAACGAUUCUUGAUUUCCACGCCUUUGAUGAUGGACUUAGAGUUCUACCUGAUAAAUUGGCCUUUCCGGUGGUCAAAUACUCCUUCUCAUACAUAACAAAUGGUAGGCAAUCUAAACGUUGUCACUAAUCACUGGUUUGCUAAUCAUCGAUGGCCAGUGAGGUAGAGGGCUUCUGGUUAAAGAAUACUUUUGACCUUCUAAGAUAGCACUCUGAGUCUUGUUGCAAAUAAUUCUUUCUCUUAUGUUCACUUCGUAGGCUUUUGUGGAGCCAAGGUGCUAUCCGUUGUUUAACAGAAUGCGGCAAGUAAAAUGACUUUGAAUAAUGACAACCGAUGUUUCAAAGGUAAACUACGCAUGUGCUCUAAUAACAUUCGUUAAAUCGAAUUGAAGUAACCCUAAAAAAACAAUCUAAGGGGACACAGUGAUUUGCAGUGUAGUGUAAAAAAAGAUAGUCACUUAGUGCCGUUUGUAACUGGCGUGGACGCUCGCGGUCUCACCUGCAUGCAGAAGGGCAUGCGGUCAUUUCGUUCAUAUUUAGAGUUCUGGAUUAAAUCCGUCGUGGGAGAAACGGGAUGCCCGUGAUCUGGCCUGUUAUCAGACACGAUUGGUAGACGUCCGGGCCACGUGAAUCUGGAUACCUCCGUUCGCAGCUAAGGAGGGCGUAGACCCCUCCCGAAGUGACCGGAUACCAGGCUCUGAGCUCAAAUGAACUGGGGUUUAGAUUUCCCUCUCCACACCACCGGGGGUUGGGCAUGACCGACAGGUCCUUGGGGCCGUUUUUAUUUAGGUUCUUUAAAGCUAGGGGGAAUUGAGCAAUGUUUACCUUCUUGAAUAAAUAUUUCCACAGACUUAUAAGGUCUUCCAUUCAUUUGACCCAGUGCUGAUUAAAUAGGCGAACUUGGCUAUAUUUGAACACAACGACAGCGAGGGCAAGACUUGGCGGCAUACCAAAGCUCUAACCACCUGAGCUACGAGAUCCCACUGGAGCCGUGAGUUUAAUUAUAUUUGGGUUAAGUUUCCCGCCCGGUCUACUGCAACGUAUGGAAUCCGCCAAUUUUGAUGCAGCCAAUUCACUGUACAGGCAAGUUUUCUAGGCAAUCAGUCUAGAAUCCACCGGAUGACUAUCAGGUUCAAUAAAUCAAAUGGUGUUUCGUCAAGUCUGAAUAAUUUAUCUUACCUAGCUGCGGAAAACUCGGCAGCCUCGAUGCAUAGUUUGACCCGUAUGUGAUACUUCUCACGGAUAGCGAUGGGGCUCCGUAGCUCAGGCAGUUAGAGCGUUGGCUGCACUCAAUUCUUGCUCUUGUUGUCAUGGGUACGAGUCCAGCCGACUUUGUUGAGGUCUUCACAGAUGGGUCAAAUGAAUCAAUUACAUAUAACAAAAACCACCACUUUACAUGAACUUUUCUUGAUGUAUUUUGGAUUGCUAUUAUGUAGUCUGCAGUUGAAGCAUUAUGCGCUGCUCCUAAACAAAAGGUAUUAUUAUUCAAUUUUAGAAUUUCGGUUUGGUGAGGACGGUCAGCAUUUGGUGGUCAUUAAUCUGAACAACGACUGUUCGAAGGGCGGUCAGGCUUACACCUGCGCACUUCGAAAGUUGGAAAAUGUUCCCGUUGAUCGCAUCAUCUUCAGUACUGGCAGUCUGAUGAAUAUUCAGGUUUACGGAUCUCCGGGUAAGCAUUCCAGUGUCUAGUCUUUCAUGUGGAAAUUUGAUUUGAAAACUCGCGGGAGGUGCACACAUUUUUAAUCAGUCUUCCUUCCGCUAGAUGACUCGUCUUUAAAGUUAGCUUUUUUCCCUAGUGAUUCUAAAGUGUGUGCGAUGCCAUUCCAUUGGCAUAAAUAGAGUCAAAAAGGUUGACUUUGGCAGCAUGCAGGAACCCUGAAUAUGCCGACAGGCGUCUUCGAGCUAACAGAUGAAAGACAAGUUGCACAGCCCGCUGCUUAUGAUUGACGUCUCUCGAUCAGGCGGAUGCUUUUCAGCUGCACAUAUGCAAACUUUCGUUAAGGCUCUUCCUCUGCAACUUAGGAAAACAUCAAGACGAUAAAUUGCAAAGGUUUUAUAGUCUGGAAACCAUUUGGCAAGGGUCAGUUAUGCUGUCCUGGUCCCAAGUGUAGGUGCAAUGUGGGCAUUGAGGAUAAAAGAAGCCGAAGGCGGAUGAUGAAAUCGUUAGUGGGGAAAGUAGCCGAGGCUGAAACGGAGAGAAUAAAGAAAGACUAGAAUCCUCGUAAUUGACAUGGCUGACCGGACACGCGGGGAAGCAAUAUCCCAACCUAACGGUAAUGUAAUCGAGAAAAUGAUCGGCCAAUAUUUUGGACUUUCACCCUGCACUUCGGCUUUGACAAAGUCGUUUUAUUUUAUGCUGAGAGGCAUCAGCAACAAAGAUCUCUUGUUUAAGUAGUCAUAAUCAUUUACUGAUAUUCUCCAACGUAAUCGGCUGGCGUAUCCGGGGUUUGAAUCAUUGACAAGGGGUGUAGUGAGCAUUCGAGUCCAAUAAUUCUGCCUAAAAUAGCUGGGUAAUCCACUGUUAAAUGAGAUCGUGGACCUGCGGAGAGACCGGCCUUUACCGAUCCAAAUUGACUGAGGAAUGACAACAGCCAUUUCUGUCUUUUGCCUAAGCUUCGGAUCUAAAUCCGUUGUACAGUCUUGAGAAAUCAGUAAUCGAAGGUCGUUGAUGGCAAAGAUCAAGGUCGUCUAAAGAAUCAUUAUUGAUCGUCAUCAGUUAGUGAUGUACCUGAUGGCCGACCCAUCCGAGAAUUGAAUCCAGUUAGAGUUAAUUCCUGAAUUUCAAAGUGUAGCGCUCCAAACCCGAAACUCCAAGACAAAACUGAAAUGUGUAUUCAGCCGUCCGUGUUGUCACUGCUGACGUCUCUGAUGCAUACAUCUAAAUUCUAUCUAACCAGCUGUAGGAACGGCGAAAAAAACAAGGGAAAUGCUUAGUAGUGUUAUUAGGCAACCUACAGCGUCCGUAGUUUUUCCCAAAAAUUGAAAUCACCUAGGUCAGUCGGUGAGUAAAUAUAACCCCACCUCUUUUGCCAGUAAACUCAUUCGGUUUUCUCUUGAAUUUACGUAGCUUUGAUACAUUUUAUGUGUUGGAGGACGUUCGUAAUUCUUAAAAACGGAGAGAGUUAUAAUGUAUAUAGCCUGUUUUAUGAAGUUACUUGAAAUGAACAAGUAUCUCGUAUUGUGUAAUGACCACAAGUUAAGGCAUCUGUACUGCGAGUAGUCGUACCUGAAUUAAUCCAGUCUAGUAAUUCUAUCAGCUUAAGGCGCGUCUAUGGGAACAAAUCACUGAAAUUACUUCCAGUUAAGUAACCUAAGCAAGGACGUUUAGAAGUUCCUGGGAAUAUACUAGACGAACUUUGAGUAAACCCCUCGUGACGGUAAUUUUUUCUGCCAACUCAGGGGAAAAUGACACAGUUUAUAUGGGGGAAGAUAGCUUUGCAACUGAUAAAUACACAUACUGGCUAUGUUUCUUUUAGCAGGUGCCUGGUUUUCAGCCACCAUCAGUCAUGCAGUGCAGUGGAGCGGUUCCUGCAUAGGAUAACUUUGCAGCACUAUAACUAAAAUGGAAGUUGCGAAGGUUACUGGCGUAUUCCGCUGAGGUUGAAACCGCCAACACGAUGUUCUAGAUAACUGUCUAGUUUGAACCUGAAAAUGCGUGUCCCGAAGAUCGUUCUGCGAGUGCUUCUAUUAAAGUUAAGUUCAAUUCUGAACUGUGAAGUUGACAUCGGGGUUACACGAUACCGUACUGGCAUCUGCGCCCUACGAGAAAUCGUACAGAGAGGGCUUAAGGACCCGGUAAUGAAGGAACCCUCUCGUAGUUGCGUUAAUUUGCAGCGAAAUCGAAAGCGUAUGUCUGGGUUUUUACUUGGUAUAUGCGUUGGAAGCAUGAGGGGACGAUUUUGAUUUAUAGCCAACCAAAGCGGUCCCUCCUGAGCAGAAAUUUCAAAACCGGCAAUCUCUUUUCCGCCCGCUCCUGGUAGCAUGGGUCUUCAUGGGUGUCAUCCCAGGACUUAAGCACGCCAAGGAAUCCUCGUUUUUCUGAGUGUUCGAUGAGAACCUACGUUAUAUCAUUGCAGGACUAUGAGAACGCAACAGCAACCGACCAGUUUGAUAGUCUGAAAAUGCAGGAGGGAGAAAAUCUGCCUUACCUGACAUCCUCGUUGUGUGAUGAUCCAGUUUUGAACACCAUGGGGCUUCGAAAGGUGACUAACACAAAACAGAUCUUCAGGUAUCAUAGCGACUACCUCAUGAUGCACAAAUUUGACUGUGCUAGGACGCUUUUUCGGGGAAUAAAACGCGUUUCGGCGGAACAGAGAGAUGAGUACACGAAGUAAAUCAUCCUGAAAGCAGCUUGAAAGGAAUGCCUACCCAGAGUGUCUCAUCAUUUGUUGCUUCCAUACUCGACCAAGAAGGGCAAAAGAAAGAGAGAGAGAGUCACUAACGCUGUGUCGUCCUCUACCGUAUAUAAGUAUGUAUCAGAAGCAACGGAUCGAAUUGCCCCCGAGUUUGGCGUGGGCAUUGCCCAUCUUCCGGCAGUUGUCAUGCGUACAAGAAUCGGGCAAAUGAAGGACCGACUGAAUACUGGGGAGCAAUCGGACGUAAUUUAUUAGAUCCCAUGCCAAGAUUGACCUCGCCAUUUUAGCGGUCAGACAGCCUGACGAAUCAACCUUCAAAUAUCCAAACACUAACGGGCCGUUCGGAUGAUCUGCUAUCUCACGUCACUACCCACAUCAUGGAGAAAGACCAUAACUUUGACUUUACGAGGUCGUGGAUGCUAGGAAAGCGAAAGUUACUGGGGGCCUACGUCCCUGACUCCAACUCUCACGUCACUACCCACACCAUGAAGGAAGACCACAACUUUGACUUUACGAGGUCGUGGAUGCUAGCAAGGCGAGAGUUACUGGGGGCCUACAUCUCUGACUCCAACUCCAUAAACAGACAAGCUGAUAUAUCCUCUGUUACCACGUGUGGCGUUCACAUGGUCAAAUGGCACCGCCAGGCUCCCAUCCAAAGGACGCACACGGUCAUCAAACCGUGAGACGGCCGAGUCAGAUGGCAGGCAUCCAGCCCAGCCCAGAGACACAACCUCCCCCUCCCCCUCAUUAACCCACUGGGAAGCUGUUCAGUCGUUGUUGCUCUCAUAUAAUUUCUAAAGGUGGGCUCCUCUACGAGUCCGAAAGCGCAAGCUAACACAACUUUCGUUCCAACAUUUCUCGUCGUUGCAACUCGCAUACUGGUCUCUACUCAUUAAAUCUUCAGACAAGGAUGGGUCAUUUCGAAAAGCACAAAUAAAUCUAAGAAGCGAAACUACGCGAAAUUGCCGUACCUACACGUACUCACACAUGUCAAAUCUUAUCGCUUUUCUUAUCGUGGUACGCAAAUACGUAUUCACACCUAUCCACGCACGGCAAGUCUAAUGGCUUUUCUUACCGUAGUACGCAAAUAACUCCGUGAUAUUAAAUGAUGACGCCAAAAUUGCCCUUUCCUUCAGUUUUUCCGCGCAAUCUCAGCCAGUUUUGGAGACCACGUCAUACAGGUCCAACUUCAGCUGCAUGUUAGAUUAUUUCCACCUCGAUGCUGACGGCGGUCAUAAAGCAGACAUUCCCUCUUUGGCCCACUGUAAAGGCCAAAGUAAAUAAAGCUGUCAGAAGCUAUGCGUACGAAAGUUUUGGUGAGUGUGCUGGCUGGUGGAACAGGUGACUAGGUGUCUCCCAGCCCUGCGUUUCGCAGGCCAAUCGCGUUUCUGGGUGGCUAUAAAAUGGCAAACGGUGUGUCUGUCAAAAGGAAAGUCGUAUAUAACUUGCCUUCCUCUAGCAUCAGGUGUGUUUCGGCUUUCAAUUCGAUUUUACUCAUUUACCUCGUGUCUGCGGCAAGGCGGUUUCAUCUGCUCUGGCGCUGUCGCGUUGGCUAAUAUGUGCCCCUGUGGGUAUGGGGUUAACUACCGAGGCAACCAAACGACUUCCGGCUCUGUAGACGCCAAAUGUCAAGAAAUACUUUGGUGACGUGAUUUUGUAAAGUGCUACUGUUUGAAGAAUAAUUCUUCUAGCUUGAGCAAGUUUCGGGUGUAGUCGUAAACAACGUCCUCAGAAAUGAUGGUGAAUAUCCAGCGAUUUUGGGAUGCAGUAGCUGCGACUGUGGCCAGGACAACUAAGAGGCUGGAUAACUGAGUGCACAUUAAUCCCGUCAAGGAGACUGUUUCACAGUACGCCGGACAGUUUGUCACAUUAAAUUCCGAGAAAACUGUAUUUGAUGGCAGAUUUCUAUUCGUGGUUGUCAUGACGUAUCAUCACUUUCUUAUUAAUGUGCUUUGCCUGAAUCGGCUGCAUUUUCGUAGGCUAAAUCUCUUGUCUGUGUUUUUUCGUGUUGUAGCUUUUUGAUUUCCCUAGAAAUUAACUGCGAACUUGGAGUAGAUCAGUAUAUUCAAGGUCGAUGGGCACAGACCUUCGUAUUUAUCCAUGAAUAUUUGGGCCGAAGUCUACCAGUCACAGCGGAUAACCACGUAAUAUUCAUUAACUGCCCGCAAGCAAUUAGUAGUACUCUUUAGGGUAAGGUGAUUCCAUAGUAACGGCACAGGUAGUAGCAAAAAGCCCAUACGCGCGUGCUUCGCCGAUAUUCUGCCGCUGCAUGACACAGCUGCGAGGGGUUCGGUUCGUCAGUGGGUCCCCCGGCAUUCCCUGUCUGUUUUUUGUUUAGCCAGACCUAUUUUUUGUGGAAUUAAAGAAGUGCGAGUUUAUCAUUAAGCACCUCGAACAGAUGCGUAUUUUACUCAGAAUUCAGAAACAGGCUUAAGUUUGGCCGAAACCAUAAGGUUAGAGCUUUUAGUAAAACUUUAGUUCAACGAAUGACUUCAAAUGGCUAUUUUUGUGGCUGUUUAACAAAUAAAUAAAAUUUAGUUGGGAAAAUUCCCACGGCGGUAUUCAGAAGACCAGUUGGCGAGCAUACGUUUGCUUUCGAUAAAUUUUCGUCAAGCUAGUACCUAUAUACUGGAACGGGUUAGGAGCAAAAAAUGUGAGUGAUAAGAGAAAUUAAUGAAAGAUCGUCUUAAAGCAUAGACGGGAUGUGGGAAUAUGGGGGAGGUGGGGGAUAAUGGCAGUCAAUGUCUGCGAAAGGGUGAGAGCGGAAGAGCGCGGAGAGUUGCAGCAUUAGUCGACUUUUGACCACGGUAAGCGCGGAACCUGAACGUGGUUCUUCUGGCCUCAUAGAGUAGGUUUCCGUAACCUGAUCGCUGUCGCUGAUGUUGUCACCAACAUGCUUUGGCCCAGUAGCUUAGGGUAGCUCGAGGGGACCUUAUAAAUCACACGUAAAGCCUUGCCGGGGUUCACACGAUGCCCUAAACCAAUUACAUACGUGAGAAUGGCGCCGCUUAUGCUCCUGGUUUGGCCUUUUGCCAAGCAUGCGUGGAGGUGUUCUCAUAUUCUUGUGGAUAGACGCCGGAUCGUACGACCAAAAUUACGUGCUCCACAAGAGCACGUGAAGGAAUAGAUGCACAUUGAGGUGGUCUGGGGUGACAACCUGCCCUCACCUUACUUACGAAAAAUAUAUUUGGAAUAGAAUAAUAUUCGGAUGCUUGCUGUAGGAAAGGUUCAAGCGACAGCUUGAUCAAGGCGUCUUUUUAGGAGUUAACUUGCAGCGUCCCGUUUACUAGGGACUUUAAGGAACAAGGUUUUCUUUUUGGCAGUCGGUGUAGUGGGUUUCACUGAUCGUUCGUCCAUGUUAUUUGCAAUAAACUUCUCUACAACAGUCCAAAGAUCCCGCGGUGCUGAAGGCACUCAAUGGGUACCCAAGUUCCAACGCCAAGUUUUGGAGAGGAAGGUAAUGGCUAAGUUAAUCGGGGGCUGUGUUGUGAGAAACGAGCAUCCAAACCACUUCUGGAGAGCGCUGUGGCGUUGUCGUGCAGUUCUUACCACAGAGACCUUGAAAAUAUACGCUGAGAAUCAACUGGAAUGUACCCUCGUAAAGACAGAUGCACUUGAGCGCCAUGUGUGUCAAUGCACAGCCAUACUUGACACCCUGACAGAUGACGAAAGACAAGAAUUCCCGCGCCUGUUAGUUCCAGCAUUUCUCUGGCAUUAAACUGGUACCUUCAGGGUCAGUUUUUCAGUAGCUACAAGUCGGCCUCCUGAGGUGCAUGCUUAGGAGUUAAAGGGAACGACGACUAAUAAUGCCCAUUGAUGCUAUUUUCACUUGAAUUAGUCUGAAAAACUUCAAACAUGUAACAACGCCGAGGUCGUUGUACCCGUUGUUGCAUUUAGCAGACCGAAAUCACAUCAGGCUUCAGAUCUAGCCUGGAAAGCAUUCUAGAACCUCGUUUGAUCAGCAGCAGUCUACUUGGACAAAUUAUUAAUCCCAUUAUUAACCUCGCGCCUGAUGUGAGGCCGCAAAUGCUUUUUCGUAACUCCUUCCGGAACUUCGGAGAGCGAACUGUGUGUUUUUAGACAUGCCAGUUGUGCGCCCACUAGACUGCACCUGACUACAGGCAGGUAUGCGCGAACUGUAACAUUAAUUAUUUCACCAAUAAUGGCGGCAGUGUUGAUGCCUCGACAAGGGCAGGCCACUAGUUACCAUGAUGGGCCAAGCUGAUGUGUAUGAUUCAUCAUGCCUGAACACGCACGCCCGAAAUCUCUGUGGGAGCAAUGACGUGCUGGUGAAUCUCGGAUACGAAUCCCCCGGACACCCAGGCCGGCAACAGAGAUGCCCUAACAGGAUGAUAUUUAAUCGUGACCUGCAACAUCUACCGACACGGUUUCUGAAAUGACCCUUGGCUGCUGGUUUGUGGCUUCAGAAGAGGAGCGGUGGUCGGUAAGUCCCACGCCCCUGUGACGUCAGUCGGCCUGGCCGAGGGGGGGGGGGAGCAGUUUGAUAGGAAGCGAGGGAGGAGAAGGGAGGGAGAAAAUAGCUGAUUGCGAGCACGUGUAACGGGCAACCAUGUAAAUGCUGACGCAACCACCGUCACCGGUGGCACCAGCAUAUGCGAACACACGUGAGUUCCGGAAAUGCUCGCGCGGGCGUAUGUUUCAGUGAUUUUAUCAGUGCGGCUUCUUACAGAUGCGGCGUAGGAUCCAAUGCUUACACAGAACCUCUUAAACCUCUUUCCUUCUUCUUCUUCUUCUUCUUCUUCUUCUUCUUCUUCUUCUUCUUCUUCCACAUCUUCUUCUUCUUCUUCUUCCAUAUCCUCUUCUUCUUCCACAUCUUCUUCUUCUUCUUCCUCAACAUCUUCUUCUUUUUCUUCUUCUUCUUCUUCUUCUUCUUCUUCUUCUUCCAUAUCUUUUUCUUUUUUUCUUCUUCCUCUUCCACAUCUUCUUCUUAUGCCCGUCAUCAUCAUAAUUCUCACCACCAUCAUCACCGCCAUCGUCAUCUUCUUUUUUGCAUUAUUUUUAGUGGUAGCAUUGGUGCUGUCUAAUGUAUCCUGAUUACUGGGGUGAAUAUGUGCGAUUCCAUUUUGCCUUAGGGCAGUAGUCGAGAAGCCUCGUAGACGAUAAAAUAGUGACGAGCGGUCGAGAUUAAAGUGGCUAAGACAGGUAUUUGGAUUAUGAUCGUCUGAUAACUACAGCCAAGUCCUAACCGGUCACUUCAGCCUCUAUUGCUUCUUCUCGUGCUACCCCAUCUUCGCCGUAGUAACAAUGUCUCUACUGUCCUCAUACUCAUCGUCAUCAAUCUACUUUUGUCUUCCUACUAUGCAUAUUUAAGCGACAUUAAAGGCACCCUCGUUACUCAAAAGGCAAAACACAAACUCUGAUCUUGUGAAUACCCUGUUACUCAUGUAGCAGUUCAAAUCCGCGUCCACGUUCAUCAAGGGAAAAGUGAAGAAAUGGCCAAAUAGACUGCCCAUUUUGUCCUGAGGGCGUCCAUCGAGUCUUGAGUCUUGCAUGUGGUUUUACUGGUAGACUGGCUUAGUGUAAAUCCUGACAGUAUGUGCUCCAGGAGCAGAUCUGAGUCGACAUCUGAAAUUACGGGACUCCUACAGCCUCUGACCACUUUUCGGGGAGUCCGAACAUUUUCUGGAUGCAGAUGGAAUCAGCGCUGUGGCGGGUGUUUAAGAUAUUGUGGCCGAUUUUCGUCAAGAUUUCAGCGUUUCAUUUCAUUUCUAAGUCCGCGCGGUCGUGUUGCCAUCUUAGUGACCGUUUGACUAGCUAUCGACCGCGGUUGGUUUCCUAUUGUGACUUAUUUAAUUUUUAUGCCCUUAGUGAUGGCGGAUCAGCGGGUUAUAUCCAGGUUCAGGUCAGACGCAGUGUGCUCACCUGUCAUUGAGGGGUUCUUUUUGUGGGGGAAGACACGCUCAUGCCUCGGCGCAGUUCUCCCUCCACUGCUGAUGAGUUGGUCUGCAGGCAUCUUUCGUUGAAACUUUUACAGUACCCAUCGUUUACAAAGCCAGUCCAGAAAAAGCAGUAGACUACGCAUACUGUCAAUGGCCCACUCUGACUUACUUACAUUCUUUGCUUCCCAAAGCCGUGGAUUUGAAGGCUGCCAGUUGAUGAGAUAACACAGUCAGUCAGUCUGAAAUGUUUCUUUCCUAAUGUGAUAUCUGAGACAUUCUCACCUAGCUCGGACCCUAGCCGUCCCCACGUUAUUGGUUCUAUGAGGACCUGGUCCGCCGUGCGUGGCACGCGUAGACGAUCUGUUUAAAUUUGCCAGACGCUGCAUCCCAUCCCGCCUCCGGUCAUCUAGGCCCUGUCAUGACACGGGGCUCAGGUGGGUGGGGGGAAGGCAGCGUGCGAAAGUCCACUAUAACUACAAACUAACUCGUGCGCAAAUCACCGUCCCUGUGACCACCAUUCUGAGGGACACGCGGUGGACAUCACCGUUCGCAACAGUCGAGCCGUCGGUCGUUACUUUACCUGAGAACCUGCGUUGUGUCAAUGGACUUUAAAAUAUGGGGUAAGAUGUGGUUUGGUAGCCCCACCUGAUGGACAAAAUACUGUUGGGUUUGGGGUUAAGGGCUAGGGGUUAGGGUUAAGGAUUACGGUUGGGCUUUAUGGUUAGAGGCUACGGUUUAGGAUUAGGGGUUAUAGUUAGGGACUAGGGUUAGGGUUGGGGGUUAGCGCAAUUAUUUCUCGAUCAUUAAAUGCACAACCACGCACUCGCAAUAGCUUUUUUGCAUACAAAUGCUUGACCUCGUCGCCUGUGCGUUCCCCGUCCCCACCUAUAAAAAUUCCUAUCCCCACCGGUCCCGUAUGAGAGGUGACUGGGGUUUGUUUACUUCAGGUGGGGCUACAAAACCACAUCCGACCGAAUAUGGCUAUUUGUUAACUGUCACCCCUUCGUCCUUUUACUCGUACAUCACUUAAAUACAGUGGUGAACACUUGGGCUGAUGUUUUUGCUAGGCCUUCUGAAGAUUUUCAGUCGGACAAUGUCCGUGAACGCAAUGGGGCUAAAACUUUUUUCACAGUGUCCGAACGCACGACCUUUAAAGCACAGCUUUUGAAAAAAUCUCAAAAAUCAGGAAUCCAAUAUGUCCGUGUGUACGUUUCCUUUGCAUACAUAUGCACAUUGCUUUCACUUUAGCUACAAGUAUACUGGAGAUGCCUGACUGAGACGGCAACAGAUUUUUCAGGCCUUAUCAACGUUCAUCAUUUUCGUCGCUGAAAGAAAGAAAGCAUAGCAAAUUCAUCUGCGAUGAGCCAGCAAACAAUCCGGACGUGAGUGCUCGCGGCACUGGCUAGACGACAUCUCUAUCCUGGCUACGCAUUGGUCAAUCGUUGUUGUUGGGGCAUGACUCUAUUGGUCCAGGGAAUUCUGUGGGGGCGGGAACAGGCCGGCGCGAAGGCCGGGGCACCGUCUGUCUUGGCGCAGUUUGUCCGUCCUGUGUCAACAACCCCACGGUGAGACCAGUCCUUAGGUCACACCUAGACGAGUGCGGGUGGCGCGGUCACCGUUGCUGAGGCCUGCGCUUUCAACGAUCAUUGGGUGGCGUGAUGAUGCCGGGAACAGCCCCUCAGAAUGCAUCCUUUGGCCAUUUGGAGGAAAGGGCAAUGGUGCGGGCGUAAUGCGACCAUGCGCCAUGCAGGGGGGAGACAUGCCUGCGACCUCAAUGAAUUUGCGCGCAGGGUGUGCGGUCAUCUUGCUCGCCACCUCUACUGACAUUAUGUCCGUUUGAAGGAGUAACUGUUCCCCUCCGCACCUGUCCUCACUAGUCUCUAGGGCACAGCAGGGCAACUAGGCUACCAUUUCGGCGUGCUGUCAGGAAAGAUGAUCGCGAUGACCGAAGUGAGGGUUAGGAUACAUCAGAAUUGGCUGUCCCAGAUUAGGGUUCUGGACGAUAGAGUAACGUAGUCAAGACAUCUUUUUCAAUAUACGUUACGAUAUAUUUAGCGCUGAAAUGACCUUAGGCGGUUGUUUUUCCCCUUUUGGGGUGACCGGUUGUCUGCAUUUAAAAUUUCUCCGGUAUUUUCCCGGCAUGAGAAUAUGUGUGGCCUUUGCAGUCCUGACGAAGUGAAUGGCUCAAAUCUUCACUGGCUCCACGGAAAUGGGUUGAAAAUUAAAAGAGGAAGUGGUCCGGCCCUCUUUGAACACUGCAGGCCACACCGUCCCUGACUUCUUUGAUAAACCUCCGAAAAGCCAGCAUAUACAGAAGGAAUAAAAAAUGAUUUUCCAGGCGUUGCUCGAAAUCGGUACAUACGAAACAUCAACAGAAGAAAUUUCCCGGCCUGUGCUACAUGUGGGCUUUUGCAGAGACCUGUUAUAGGCGAAAAGAACGUAAAGCAUUUUCUUUGCUGUGGCGUCCAUCAAAGUGUACAUUCAAAUGGUAAAACGAUUCCUACUGGCUCUGUAUUCAAAGGAGAUUUACGGCCGUCGCAUCUGUAGGCCUCCAACAAGAAGAGGGAGGAUAUAAGACUAAGAUUAGUUUGGAAAGUAAGAACCCAGCUUGAUUUUAUUUGCAGGGAUGAAGGCAUCCGAGAUCAAUCUGUUGUAGAUACCAUAGGCAGGAUUGCGCUGAAGGGGUAACCUAUCCCUUAACUUUUGUCAGGCCAACAAGGACAGCGUAGAAAUUGCAUACUUUGACGUUCCUCUAGCAGCUCUCGGGUGAAAAGUGUCAUGCUGUUAAUUCAGCGACCUUUACGAAAUCCACACAAAUUUCUGCGAAAAUCGGGCCAAGACCUUAUAAACAAUAAGGAUUAAGAAGAUACUCACGUACUUUUCUUGGAGCUGUCGAUGUCCUUGCCAAUGAGCACAAACGAAAGUUCGUUAAGUCGUGCUGAAUUUGUCUUUUGUUAUAACCUUUCCCAAGACAAGGAAAUGAGUUUCGUAAAAUCAGGAGAUCAUCAUAUGGGGAUACUUGGGAGUUAUUAUUUCUACGAUACCAAUUUUUUCCAUUGGAAUAUACUAACCCGAGGUCAAAGCUAAUUUCGGGAGAGAGUCAGAGUAAAUGAGAUCAACGUUAGGGAGAAGGACCCCAAUUAACUGUUAAAAAGACUGUGAAUCGUGUGCUGAUAUAUUUAGUUGCGAAAGUUAAUUAAGUAAGGAUGACUGGUAGUUGUAUCCAAGUCCGGCGAAACAAAGAACGGAGAUCAACUGAGCAUGAAUUGAGGUGUAACGGAAACGUCUGCCAGGGAAUGGGCUCAGUGGUUCGAUGGCCAGGCAUUCUUUCAAGAUGGAACACUAUGGAAUAUCUAGCUGGAUACCCUGUAGUCAUACAUUUAUCAUUUUUCUGUAGAGCAUCGUUUUUGGCGCCAAUCGUCUUCCCUGUUUUCCGGCAUUCUAUCAGCUUACUGUCCGGCGUGCAGCCCUACCCGCAACCUCCCUCCAUUACCACCAUUUCCGUAUACGAGAUACAUGGUAUACUGACAGUUAAUUGGGGUCCUUCGCCCUACCGUUGCCUCAUUUUCUCCGACUCCUUCAUGACAUUAACUUUGGCCUCGGGUUCGUAUACUAAAGUGCAUAAGUGAAGCUGCGGAACUGUUAGGAUCGAAUCGACCAAUGGGAAGGUAGACAAACUGUUUGAAUACACGGUCCCACUACUGACUGGUAGUUAGUAGUAAAACGGAAAUGCAACAGGACACGGAGUAACUUGAAGUUUCUGUUAAGUAGGACAAAUCAGGAUGCGCACCUCACAGGAGCGUACUUAGCACACGCAGACUAUUGGGAACGUAGGCAAACUAUUUGAAUGCGGAGGCUUGCUACUGAUGGGCACUUAGUGAUAAGGCGUAAAUGCAACAGUUGGAUGAAUAAAACGCGACCGUCGGCCUUCGCUUUUAUUUGACAGCGGUUAGGGGAAUAGAAAACGUGCUUUUUGCGACUGUCCAGUGCUCGGCCUGCAACAUAUAGGCCGCCUCCACCCGUGUGAGGUGACUUGUGCCUCCCCUCACUGGCAAUUCUCAAAGAAGAGUUGGUUUGUCCUCUUUUGGUCCCGACAAGAAGGGCGAUUACAAGGCGUCGACCUUGAAUGGGUAGCCACACCUCGUAGAAUGAGCCGAUACUUGGAGGUUUACGUCACUUCUCUGCACUGUUACCACGUGUUCGGCCGCUCACGUCCGGAGCAGUCUUCCAGUUUCUCCGACGUAUUUGCUUUUCCCGUGUCUAUGCUGGAUCCAGUGAACGAUUCCAGACCUUCUUUGUCAUGGCAGUGUGUUUUUGGUCACUUUUGAUGACGUCUGAUGGUCAUCUCUCACUCCAUGUGAAGCGAGAAUGCGAUAGACGGCCUUAGCGACGUGUUUAGCGUACGAAAUUACUCUUAAAAAUUUUGUGCCGGUGUAAUUUGGCCCCCUCAUAUAUAAAGCGCAGAAUUUUGUUCUGUGGACCACCCUUCGUUGCAUAGCCUAAUCAUGGUUAGGCAGAUUGUUCUAACAAAUAUGUUACAGCAAAACUGAUGGCUUGGAGCAUAUUUACUGUUCGUUUAUAGCUAUUCUACCAAAAAGAUGAGGGUAACCAGCAGUGUCAUCUUGUGCGCAACCAUCAACACCGUCACCGCAAUAUUUGCGGACACUUUGCAUUUGGCUUUCGUGCAACCUGCCAUAAUGUCAAUGAUAAUUUACAUAAGUCGCAAAUGUCAGUUCACAUGACACUUCAGUUAAUUCCAAGGACAUUAAUGAGGUUCCGAGACUCCGCCGUCUUUUCUGGUACAUACUCUAGUUUCUAACGUCAGUCUCUUAACUUCCUCAGAACUUAAUGCGUGGACCUGGGGUAAAUGACUCGCGGGAAAGUUUUUUUAAACUCGGCUUGAAACUUCAUAUGACUACUAGAGCUGACGUUCAUCAGUUUUAGCAGAAUUAGCUGCAUAGUACUCAGAGUCUGUCAGUAGUUAGUCAGUAGUAGACGAAUGCUGAUUGACUUGCUCUAAUUUAUUUACGCAAAAUUUUGCUGACAAGCAACAUCUAUGCUCCUCCAAUUUGUCUCCAGUUAACUACCCGACCCUAAGGCUGAGAACCCAAAAGGAGAAGGAUGGUUUCCGACUCGCCUGCUCCGUGGACAGCUGCAUGGAGGACAAAGAUGCCCUGAAAGGCAGUGCGACCCAAGUCUGCCAGCGGCCACCGGGCACACUGAUGAGUUGCCAAGGCCUAGAGUUGGAACGUCUUCCACCGGCGCAAGAGCCUCUUGGCAGAAGUGAUGAACACUCAGUGGUCCUCGUGAAGGAGGGUGAAGUUACCCCGCACUGGUCGGAGAUAUUACCGGACCUGCAGAUCACUGACAGCUCACAGUCGAGUCCUGUGGUGAAAAUACCCAAAAGUGAGUGAACACUCUGGCUCUUGGGUAAAGGUGCUGCAAACCUUUAAGUAGUUGCCUCAAAAGCAUAGAGCCGUAUUUCUCCUGUGUAGGAGACUUCCAAUUCCCGCACCCAUGGUCAAAGUUCGCGGAACUAGUAUAUCGCGUCUAAUCAAAUGUAAACGUUUCAAAAGCUCUUUUCGUCACAUCUACCCGUGGUUGCCAUUAAAGUGAUCUGCUUCCCACAGAAAGGAGAUUCAUCGGAUAAAUCUAUUGCUCAAACGGUGACGCAGCAUUCAUAAUGUUUUGCUAAACUUCCACUUUUGCCUGAUAAUUAUUUCUUCGUCUGUGGAAUGAAGGCCUUUAGUAUUAGUAUUUUUAGUGGAAUCCUGGUUUAUUCUAGCAAAGCAAGCCGGCUUUUGGGCCGAAAUCGAGUAAAGUUAAAUCUGUUAAUCACGCCUGAUCUUAAUUCAAAAACCGGGCUUCUUGCUUCUUUCCCUAUUUCGCGAUUCGUCUGUCUAAAUUCUCGCACAGUCGCCCUCCUUAUGGUAUGUAUAACUUCUCCAGCAUUUCGCAGAUACAAAACGGUGCAGAAAGCCAAUUCAAGAACUUAACGGAAUUAAGGCCAUCAUAAGUAGCGGUAAUAACACAGAUUAGUAAAAUUACGUCUCAGCAGACAGAGAUACAUGCAAACGAGUGUCUUCUAAGAAUUCUAAACGCGACAGGCGCUGAGAGAAAAAUUCAGAUUUAUCCCGAAUAUUCUAAGUGAAUUUGGAUGCCAUUCGACGCCUCCCUUGUCGGCGUAACAGCAAUCUAUAUUUGAAAGUGAGAAGAUCGUCGAACAAACUGAGUUGCUUGGUGUAGUCAAGGAAGGGUUGGGGAGCCCCAUUCCCAAUUUGUCAACCCUAAAUUUGAGGCAUAAGGCGUAGCUGACGUGAGUUGUUUGUAGUGCCACUGCACAAGCAUUCCUGUGCUGGCUCAGCGAAUAUGUAUUUAAGCUAUUUUAUACACGUUAGUUUGAUUCAAGCAUUUCUGCUAAACCGUUUGCCAAAAUUUUGUGAAACAAUUUGAGGAUGAAACGAGCGUAGGGGCAGCAUAGGAAGGAGCCUUUUGGAAAAGGAUAUUUCACAGGGCCACAGAGGGUUGAACGAAGUAAUUUUAAAACGAAGGUUAAGUUAGGCCGCAAUUAAUAAUUCCGAGUUUAUCAUACCUAACAACUGGAACAAUAGUAAGAGGAAAACGUCGUGUCAUUGUAAACGAUUAAAUUAUAUUGUUGUUGGUUAAUAUAAAAUCGCACCGAAAAUUCUUCCCCAUGACUCGGAACAUUGUUGGAAGAAACUUCCUUCGACGGGUAUUGAUCAUCGAAACUUCUCCUAAAGCCUAUAAUAAACACAAAUUAGGUUGCAUGUGUUACCAACAGUUGUCGUUUCUUUGCCUGUCAAAGGUCGCUUGUUCGAGGAAUGGGUGUGUCAUCAGUGCAAAAUGAAAUGCGCUGUAUCCUCCCUCCCCAUCUAUGCCCUGCUUAACCAGAACCCACAUUUGCGUCGACUUCAGUGUAUAUUCCAAAGCAUUUCGUGCCAAACCCGCAGGAAUAGGCGAAAGGUACUCAGGCAUUUGGCCGGUAAAACGUUGACUACACUCUCCAUGCUGCCGUCUUUCGGCUAAUUCGUCUUCGACGAUAAGCGUAGACAGUUAGACAUCCUGAGAGCCUAAGUAAACCAGUGAAAAUAAACUCAAACGCAUCUGGCACAGAUGAUUUCAGUUUGAGAGCGUAGAGGUGGGAAAUAUGAUUUUACCUAUUAAUUCGAUGUCAUUCGGGCGAAGGGACUCUUGUUGCAACAUUUGGAGUGGAUCCUCAUCCAUCAGAUUGUAAUUUGUAGUCCGUGUGCACAACGAUUGAGUUCGUUGUCCUCAAAUCCUGUUGUAUUACGUUCUCCAUUCUCUUCAGUUGAUUUCUUCUCGUGCAAUAAUGUUGUCGUCGAUUUUUUUCUGUUAUCGUUUUCAUCCUUUUGAGCCCAUGUCCGUACACAGGACUAGAUUUUGGCAAAAAAAACCACUGCAUAGCGGCUGCACCUAUAGAAACGCGCACUUGCAUAGUUGGAUAUAAAAUUCAUGCUUUCCACACUGUUACUUGUAGCCAUCAACAGUCUGUGUUACAGCAAAAAUUCUAGGUGUUGGCCUUUCGUUUUUACUUCUAUAAUGCGUGGAAGUUGAAGGACUUAAACGAAAAGAAAAGAUCGGUCCAUGUCGAAUUCCUCGCUGUUGAAGGAAACCACCGUCAAGCGGAUGCAUUGUACCCCGCGGUUUGUGGUCAGCCAACGAAUUUUCGCAACGAGCGGAAAUCUUCAAUCAACUACAUUUUGUGUACUGAUUGAGAAAGUGCAACCCCAUUACAUCUACUUUCUCUUAUAGAAGACAGUGGCUAUAUACAGGAGGUGACCUAACUCGUAAAAUAUACCUACUGUAGCACAGUUUGCCAACCAGUGCAUACGAAAACGAUAACAGAGACCAAAUCCAACAGGCCUCAACUUUUGCCGGGCUCUUCCGUACGUGAAGUAGGCCCCGGAAGCUAUCAGUCGUCUUCUCACUCCACUUGGAGUUGGGGUUGUAAGACCCGCAGGCGCCAAGUCAUGAGGCCGAAAGACCCACUGCCACGACAGGAAACGUCAGGAGUCGUUUACCGGAUCUGGUGUAGUUGCGGACAAAGCAACUACGUCGGAGAAACUGGGAGAGUACUCCGGACGCGAAGUGCCAAGCUCGCAGCAGCAGUGAGGCGGGGAGACGCUGGCUCUCAGGUGGCGGUUCAUUUGAAGGGACUCGGCCAUAUUUUCAAGUUUCAAGAAGCCGAAAUCCUCGCAAAAGGUGAUAACCGCGUGAGCCGCGAGCUGCUCGGGUCAUGGUUUUCAGGUCAGCAAUCCAUCGACAAGUGCAAUCACCUGCUAACAUAUUCUGUGCUCAGAUUUUCCCUGGGCAGGGGAAUCAGUCACGUGGGGAGGACGCGGGUGGUCACUAAUUCCAGUGACAAUGAGUCAAUUUGCCGAGCAAUCGUCACAACGGCAUCCAAAGCGAAUGACGAAAUCGCGGCUAUUAACGACUCGGGCGCGGACUGACAAAUCAUCAGCGCAUCAAUUACGACCCCAGCUGUGAUUGUGAGAGCUGUUGAUUAAAGUACGCAUAUGACACCACGGCAGUCACCUGAUAUAUGUACUGUACUCCUUGUGCCACGACUACCCUUACCUUCGAUUAUCUCUGAUGAUGGGUUCAAUGAGAAUCCGAAAUAUCAGGCAAAUAAUUUUCUUGUUCCAGUGAUCGUGUCCUAGUCUUCCGAAUCACUUAUCAAUCUGGAACCAGCCCGUGUGCAACCAUCAAAACACCAAACAAAUAAUAAACGACCUCUGCUGAAAUGGGAGCGCAGAGCAUGUAUUACGGGUACCAUUUCUCAAGAGAGAUUGUAAGUGGUGAAAGCGCAAGAAUUCGAGCCACAAGGACAGACUCAAAUUUAGCAUGUGCAUAACGCCUGUACAGUCGGGGAACUGACUAAGUAGAACGGUUUGAAAACGGCAGCAUUCAAAAAAUUGUUAUUAACAUACGCUUUAAUAAAAUAUCCUCCAAGAAUUAGUGUUAUACGAAGUAUGACAUGAAAUAAAGUGUGUAGUGUCCUGCCGCGGGUUUCAAGAUCUUGUUGGGCAAAAGCAAUGAUUUUUUUUCGUUUUUGAACUGUUUAAAAUACGGCUAUUUCAUCAAGGAGAAUUUUGCGCGAGUUCGCUGGCAGAGAUCUUGCACGAAUACGAGUUUCAAAGACUUUACAUAUCGAUGGGCAAGUUGAAGUGAAGUGUGCCGUAUGGGCUCUCUAUCUCAAGCCCAACUAGCAGCCGCACAGCAGCGCAUGAUAUAGGCAGUGCGUAUGCGGCUGCUGGUUGGGCUCGGGAGAGAGAGCCCGUAAGGCACAACGGAACGAGUGAGUUCCGUAAGAACGAUCGUUGAGCGUCCCCUACCACUGUAUAUUCCCGAUCGAAAACCGACAGGGCAACGGGCUCGUGGCCCAGUGGUUAGAGGCGUGAACUUCUAACAAACAGGUCCCGAGUUCGUGCCUCGGGUGUUUCACACUUUGGGUUUGGGUAUGGCUGGCUGACGACGGUUAAUAAGCCGGGAAUGGCCAUUCUAGUCUCCCUUCUCUUUGUCGGAAAUAACACACUGACGACCAUUUUUACCUUUAAUAAUCCUUUGGGAAAAUACAGGCGUUCAUUGAAUACAUUUAUAUGCCACAUAUAGUCGCCUACUCACAGCCAGUUUUCCGCUCUUUGCAGAAUACCAAUAUUACGGUCAGUACAAAUGCUCCUGUACUUCCACGGACGUCCUCGGCACAAGGAUCAGCUCAGGGGAAACGAGUUUUGAGCCAACCGAAUUUGAUUCAGGCAAGUUCCUCCUUCUCGGUACUUAUGAUUGUUUAAAGGAGAAAGACCAAAUAAGCGCGUCCACCAUGGUUGAUUACCACAUUUCGGUGAUGGUGGUACUGUUGCUGCAAGGAUAUUUAUCAGCAAAAGCUCGUAUUGUGUAGACAGACAGGCUUUGUAAACUGUCGUGUCAUUGCGCCGCGCACCAAAAUUUGAUCUUACUAAAUGGCUGUUUCUGAGUCGGAGGUAUUUCAGCCAUAACGAUCUAUUGGGCUCCCCAGUUGCUGGAACGGCUCAAGAGGAUGUGAUUCCCUGGAACCGAAAUCAUGCUGUCGUUUAGUGCCACUUCUUUCUUCUCUUCGAUCCCACAGGACCAGGCAGUCAAAACUGCCAGGGGAGUUCGAUAACGAGUACAAGGACACCGAUAGACGGUAAAAUGGACACAUCUCAUCCAACUAUUUAAAUUCUCCUUUAAUGCCUGCUUCGCCUCUUAAGAGAUAACGUAUAUGUAGGCCAAAGGAGACGCUAAAGGAAUCUCCACUCUGGAGCUUUAUCACAGAGGUGCAUUCCCAAAAAAGCAGAGAAUCUGGAUUACUCAAUCUAUGGGUGAAAAUCUUAGACUUGAUAUGCUCAACAUCCCUUCGUGAUCAUAAAGCCAGAACAUGUUCUAAGAAUUUCAUAGCGUCCUGAAUUUCAUCUCACCUGGCAAUGGGUCCAAUAUAGAGGCGGAAGGCGACAACCAACUACCGUUACUUGAUGAGAAUCAAAAAAUGCGAUCUUUUCGAGGGCAUCCAACAUGAGCCAAAUCCCGAUCUACCACGUAAAGCACCCAUAGGCCACACACGAUGCAAUGAUGCAAUCUGUUGUGGCUAGAUCGGAAAAUCUGUCUCAACCCGCAUACAUGGGCACCAGUCAGCGGUGAAGAGAGGAGAUCAUUUAUCCCAGGUGACUAUGCACACACUAGACACUGGCCUCCGAGCUGCAUGAGAGAAUAUUCGCAUUGCUGGCGCCUGCCCUUUAAGAAGAGGCCGUGAAUUCCUGGAAGCAAUGCAGUCAGAUGAGGCACGCAUAAAUAGGCAUAUCAGUUUAGAUGCCACAUACAAAUAUCUCAAGGAAAAAUGGAAUUGAGCUCAGCCAAUUCCGAAGGGAUGACGAAAUAUCAUUGGCGCGCAUUGGCGUAGACUUCGGCCAACCACGGAAUCACUUGUUCGACACGGUUGAGAUAGUUAACUGUUUCUGUACAUAAUCCAGACGUCUGACGACGAGCUGGGAAACCAAUGUCAAAAAUGUACACAACAAAGACUAUUUUGUUCCCAAAGAAUCUUACAUAUUACAAAUUAAAUUUCCUGCAAUGCUCGUUUUUCAAUAAAUAUACAUAUAUACAUGUAACUGUGCAAAACAGUUACCCUUUUAACAAGCAUAAAAGUCGAUUUUCCCCUGGCACUCCUGCUGGCGUUAUGUCCUGAUUUGACAAUGCCUUUUCCUUGAGGUUGUUGUACACAGCAUCAAAUUCUACGUACCGGUUAAUAGAUGUGUUUUCAGAAUGGAUGGCCUACAAAAUUCGCGGCCUUUCUUAGAUGAGCAGACAACUACAAUGCGAGUCUUGUCCCAGGCUGAUUCGUGUCCUGUUUCCAGCGUAUGCAUGGUAACUUUGGACGAGUGGUAUCGCCUUUUUAUGGCCAGUGAAUGUUCGUGUAUUCGUGCAGAAGCCGAUUUCCCAGUUUAACAACAGCAAAACGCAUUACGGAUGUUGCAUGGUAUCUAUAAAACAGAACUGAAUUAUUUGUUCAAACCGGUUUUCCACAAUUGGCAUCCUAGAUAUUUUGUACACCGAUGCAUAAGGCGACGGGAGUUAAAAGAAAAAGACAAGGAACUAGUUUGCUCCGAUCAGGCGCCCAAACCAAAAAACUGGCGAACACAUUCGUACAUUAAGAAUGUGUUCGAGCUAGUUGAAAGACACCUGAGGAAACACCAAAUACACGUGGCGCCCCAGUCGACGACUACAUUUCGUAACCAGCUUGUACAACCUGGGGAUACGGUUGGCUAUUUAGAUAAGGAGGAAGUCGUCUAUGAGAUACUAUGCAAAACACGUAAUACGACUUACCUUGGUAAAACUGGGAAAUCGGCUUUUGCACGAAUACACGAACAUUCACUGGCCGUAAAAAGGCGAGACCACUUGUCCCAAGUUACCAUGCAUAAGCUGGAAACAGGACACGAAUUCGCCUGGAACAAGACUCACAUUGUAGGUGUCUGCUCAUCUAAAAAAGGCCGCGAAUUUUUGUAGGCUAUCCAUUCUGAUAAGACAUCUAUCAACCGACGCGUAGAAUCGGAUGCUGUGUACAACAACCUCAAGGAAAAGGCAUUGACAAAUCAGAACAUUACGCCAGCAGGAGUAACAGGGCAAAAUCGACUUUUAUGCAUGUUUAAAUGGUAACUGUUUUGCACGCUUACUUCACGUCUGAGGACGACUCCGGGAACCAAAGUCGGAAAUUUAGAGUAAAUUUGAUUAUCUUCCCCAAAGAACUUAUUUCUUUCGAAUAUAUGUAUAUGUAAAUAAUGGUAGAAGGGCGCUCACCGAUUGUGCUACAGAAUCCACUCGGUCCGUUAUGCCUCCGGGCUCUCUCGAGCCCAACUAGCCUACCAGGCCGAAGUCGGCCAAACUAUGAUAGCAAACAACCCCGGAACAGUUCUGUAUCAAUCUACCCCCCAAACUCUGUCUUCCCCACUCUACUAUCAUAGCUUGGCCGACUUCGGCCUGGUAAACAGUUGUCUGUUCGUGACCCCCUGUCACCCAUACGAAACUUGCUCGCUUGCUUUUGGAGUCCAAUGAAUCGGUGUGCGCCCAUUUCUGGGCGAUUAAUUACCCGAUCUGCAGCGACAGAAUGGCAGGCGGGGAGACAAUGAUGAACUUCGGUUCGAUGAAGUGCUUAUGACCCAUCUGGUAGGCCUCAGUGGUGGACCGACUGCGCCAGGUGCGUCUGUGCGCAUGUUUCUGUUUCCAGUCCCAGCUGGUGGUCAGGUCUAUAGCUGGCUGAAUGCAGGCAUUCCUGUACCAGUCUACCCCCCAGACUUUGUCGUGUUUCUCAGAUAUUUUUAUAUAUGUCGUACACUCAGGCAAAUUAUCACACCAGGAAAAAUGACAUGCAACACAAUUCUGAUUUAACGACCGAAAAGAUGAGGAUUUUGUCGACGAAACAACCAUCGUAUACAUAAGACCAUUAGGAUUCUUACUAAGUCACCUACAAAAGCACUAAAAUGAUUCCAAAUGCGGUAUCAGUAAAAUCGGGCCAUCGGAAAUGUAGCGUUCCUUGUAUGCCAGUUUUUUCAUCUGCAGGUUUGCGUGGCAAUUGUCUGAAAUCCCUAUAGGCAUGUGGUGCUAGCCGCCCUAAAAAUUUAUAGCAUGGCGAAACUUUCCAUUUUCGUCACAUAAUAAAGGUUCAUUACAGGAUGCAAUGGAGAAAAAACCUCAAAAGACUGGCUUGAUUUUGUUGUUGGUCGUCAAUAAUAUUAAAAGUUAAUGUGUAAAACUUAACGUUUUUGAAUUUAUGUCGCAUUCUCUUCAGAUAUCGUAUUCCAACGGCGCUACUGGGCAGCCUUUGAGAGAAGGAACAGUACCUUCGAAGGAAGCAGUGUAAUAGAAGUGCCCACUCAAGGUCUUCCUGGUUUCUUUCUAAUAUCUGCUACUGGAUUUUCCUUUUUCGAAACACUGAAGGUUAAAGUUUCGUGGACCGAAGACAGAAAGCCCAACGCUCAUGUCACCCAGGUACGUAAUUUAAAAACCGUACGUCCCUUAUGUAGAUAGUAGAACCUACGCUUAAACACACUUUGAAGUAUAAAAUCUACCAAUGCAAAUGAAUCUACUCUUUGCAUAUUAUUUUUAGGCAAUAUUUAAACCACAUCCAAUUUGAAUUCUCAAAGACAUAAAACGAACAGACUAACUUAAUUCAUGCAGUUAAUCUGCAUUUUUGAUUGACGCCCCGAGAGAACAUUUACAAACGAGACUGGCUAUUAACUCGGAAUAUUUUAAAACUUCAAUAUGCGUUAUUUGGAUAUUUGAAGCCGCUAUAGGCGGUUUUGGGCAGCCGCCAGUUAAAAUGCAUAAUUUACCAUUUUCUCAGUGUGAAUGAGCAACAGUCAAGAAAGGUCAUUUCGAAAAUAAACAUUGUACAGCAAAUGUUCCUCCUUAUUUUGAGAUACUAUUUUAUAAAAGCAGUUCUUCAGAAAAAAGGAUGAAUACUAACAGUCCCAUCUAGAAGUCUACUCAUGUAUUGGGAUAUUAAACGGAGACCUAAGAGCAAGUUCGUUUUCCGUUGCCUUCAAUUAGUUUCUGGAGUACGGCAUUUGCUUUAAAUCUGUUAUCUUUAGCAAUUAUUAACAAGCUCAUCCAAAUCAUGCAGUCCUAGAAAUUAUAAAAAAUAAUACCCACAAAUUAUAUGUAAAAUAGGUAAAAUCAUCAGCGACACAAAUUAUUCAUGUGAGAGACACAUUUUCAGAGUGAUCUAAUAGCGUUGAUAUGGAACCUUAAGAUUUGGAGUGGUAUAUACUUCAAUCCUGGUAAACGCGAUUGGACACGGCUUUUCCUAUCUGUAAAUCAAACAACUUUAUAUUCUGAAAUAUGUGAUUUACGAGACCUUUGGGUGUGUUUCAUCAAUUUACCCAACCAUCUGCGAAAGGCAAUUAUGCUAAUAAAGGCUUUCAUAAGUAUUUUAACAGAUUUUGAAUAAUUCAUAUUGAGCCAACUGUGAAAAACUCGGCCCUCGGUGGGAUUCGAACCCACGCAGUAAGGAGAAGGCUUUUGUACAGCCAACGCUCUAACCACUUGAGCUACGAGGCCCCGCCGGACGACUUGACUUUAAUCACAUUUGGGUCAAGUUUACCCGCCCAACCUACUGCAACGCCUGGAAUCCCCCAAAUCUGAUACAGUAAGUUGACUGCCCACGCAGGAUGUCCUAAGUAAUUCACCUAUAAUCCGCCAGAUGGGUCAAUAUGAAUUAUUCAAAAUCUGUCAAAAUACUUUUGACUUACGUGAGCCUGGUAGUCAUUUGGUGGAUUCUAGGUGAAUUUCUUAGGAAAUUCUGCUUGGGUAGUCAACGUACUGUAUCAGAUUUGGUGGAUUCCAGACGUUGCAGUUGGUUGGGUGAAAAAACCUGACCCAAAUGCGAUUAAACUCGCGUCGUCCGGCGGGGCCUCGUAGCUCAAGUGGUUAGAGCGUUGGCUGUACUAAAGCUUUCUCCUUACUGCGUGGGUUCGAAUCCCACCGAGGCGCCGAGUUUUUUACAGUUGAGUCAAUGUGAAUAAAGGCUUUACAUUUUUGCCCAGUUUAAUUAAAUACUCUGUCUCCAAUACACAUUAGCAGCAUGGUGACCUAGAAUUCGCAAUAGGGUCGCUAACUGCAGAAGGUAUUAGAGAGAUAUAAAUUCAUUAAAAAACUGGACUGUGACUGUCUCUAAUGAGGGCAUCCUAAGAUGAAUCAAAAAAUUUAAAAGAUUGCAGAAGUUAUGGGCUAUCAUCUGACAAACACAUACACUCAGGCCACAGCAGAAAUCAAGAGUAAAGCUGUAUGAAAUAGAGGAAUGAUACAAAUUGCACUCCGCUGUCUUGAGCCUACUUCCAUCACUAUGCAUCCCUGUUGUAGUGGCUACAUCGGAACCUAGAAACGAUUUUUUUAAAUUACAGAAACGAAGUGACAUUUAAAACUGAAUCUUAAAUAAAAGGGAUGGACGACAACCGUGGUCAGUUGCUACCGUUCCGUAGUUGUUGCUGAUAGCCUUUGCAAAUACGCAAAGAUUCAGCAAUCUAACCCCACUUUAAGCCCUUCAUAUGUGGUAGAGUUAUAUGUGUUUCAAAACGAUGGAAAGAUAAGAAAACUCUAUCUCAUUCUUUUAUUUAGACCAGUACGCGGGUAAAUUGUGUGUUACAGCAAUCGAUUAUGUCACAAAUCGAGUUCAGAACUGCGGUAUUUUUCAAAAUUUCUUCUAUAAAGGUAGAAAGCUAGUAAGGGGUAGAAGUUCAACGUUGGAUGUUGAAUUCGUGCAUAAAUGCCCAUCAGUUACCUUCAGUUGAGACUUGCAUUGCUGCAACCGCCCAAAUAAACGAACAUUCUAAAUUUUGAAGAAAUGAGUGUGAUUGAGGACGGUGAUACUGCACUAAAAGCCGUGGCUUGGAUGGUUGCCAACUGGCGGGAUAACUUGGACCUCGCAGUUCGUCAAGCGCUGAGUGUUUGUGUGGAGUGGCCGGCUUGUGGACUAAAAGUCAGAAUGCAAGGACUCCUUCUUGAUGCAGCUUCCAUGGUACUUCCAUUAGGAUGGGAUUCGAGCAGGGUUUAGCGGCAACCUAGGGACGGCUCCAGCCGCGCCAGCCACCUGCGCUCUCUUCAACCUCAGGUCUUCUUGUCUAUGUUUUGACACCGGGCCCAGGGUGGGAGGAGCAGGAAGGAGUGCGGCAGAUGCUGCAGAAGUCUACCAUCACUAUGAACCAAUUUACACUCAAGUCAUCGCCCCUGAUCACAACUUGCUGUGGAGCACAUGGUGGACAUAAUCUAAACCGACGGUCUAUUGUCGGUAUGGCCGAUAAAAACGAAGAUGCUAGUUCAAAGAAAAAGUCGGGGAGAGAGAAACGACAGCGGGAACAAGAAAUUUAUUUAACCUUCCGAGGUAGCAUAGGAUAAUAGUAGUUUUUUGCAUGUGGUAUCGUUUUUUUCAAUAAAAAACCGAGUGUCAUCGUGAAGCCAAACAUAGGUUUGUAUAAGAACACCAUUGUAUACGUUGAAUAACUUUUUAAUGCACCAAAAUAUUUAUAAAAUAAUGUGAUAAGUUCAAAAUCGACAAAAGACUGCCAGUUCGGAAUCGUUGAUACAGAAACUAUAAUAUUUCCAACUUAUUUCUAACCCUCACUAUUAGGGGACCAGUUCCAUUUCUUAUCUUAUUAUUUGAAAAAUAAAGGUGGUUUAUUAUAAAGUUCAUUUUGGACGACCUUUUAUUUUCUUUGGCUUCCCCUAGGACGCUCAAGUAAGUUCAAUCCACCAGUUCCCAGAUGUUGACGAACUGCAAAAUUGGAAAAUGCUGGCCUAUCGGUUAUCACCGCCAAUUACGUAUCCAGAUUCCGCAGAUGGACAACUAGUCACUUUCGACUGGUUUUUACCGGCCACUCAAAAUUCCCUUGAGGAGCGUCAUGUGAUAGACAAAUUUUGGAUUGUCGGUUAGUGUUUUCCGGAAAUAUGCUACUUAAAACAUGAAGUCUUGUGGAAGCUCUUCCAUUUCAUUUUCAAGGAUAGAUCAAUAACCAACUAACGCAACGCAGAGGUCUCUAUGCAAUGUUUUUGCAGUUGGCAUUAAUUGGUAAAAUGUUCUUCGAAGGUGAAAGUCAAUGUUUGUGAUAUUUACCAGCCCGACGCAAAAAACAGCGACAGAUUUUUCCGUGAAGUUUCUACGACUUGAGAUUCCGCUAAAGAAAUUAAAGCUAUGUAAAUAGUUCUUUCACCCAUUAGUCAGAUAAGGAUACUCUUAUCUACCAUCGAAAUUGCAUCAAACGUGCUCUGCAGGAACAUUUUUCUAAACAUGGCAUUAACAGGAUUAGCAGUAUUGUUGUAAAACGUUUACAAAGUCCAAGAAUGGGCUUGAGACGCAGAUAGCUCCUUACGUGUUAUUGGCUAAACAACCGAAUAACGCGCCAUCAUUAGUCCACUCUGCCUGUUGUCUGCCGAAAUACUUCAUACUUUGGUUUUGCUAAGUGCUGCCAAUCCAUAGUUAAAUGGGACUUCCAGUAAACUCACUGCCCAUGUAGAAUCUUCUUCAACUUGCCUUUUCGCAAAUGUGACGACCGAAGCUCGUUAAAAGUUGAUCUAUAAAACUUGGAGCUUGCGGAGCGUGGUAAGGGUUGGCUGCGAAUUCGUCUCACAUGCGGUUAGCAAGCUUACUUAUUGUAUCUAACGCGAAUUAAUUCUGCAAAAAUCCCUUUCGAAAUAACUUAGAUACGAGGAAUAAUACAGGCUGUAUAGUUUCUGUGAAACGAAAAUGUUAUAUAGGAAGCAUGAGAUGCUGCAACGGAUGUGGUUCUUGUUGAAAACAUGUUGAAAAUAAUUAUUAAACGGAGAGACACGAUUCUAAUCGAAUGGGCACUAUACGGUCUUAAAACAACCUCAUCAUUAAGCAUUUUUUUUAAACCGAUACAUACACUUUUGAUUACAGAAUUUGGAGAGGGCGUGAUGUCCUACCAUAGGAGUACACAAAUUAGUGUUUUAUGAAUGCUUUAUGCAAAAUUAUAUUGAAUUCGUAAGAAUAUCGGAGAUCGUUUGGAAAAAGACAUGCUAUGUAAGUGGUCAUUUUUUCCGAGUGGAGUCUUUGCAGGUGUGUCUGGAAUACCAUGCGAUUAGGCCACAUGAUAAGCAGUAUUACAAAUUUUAAUAAGUAAUCCGUCCUGAUCAAAAACUCAAUUCAGAGUUCAAGUUAACAUUUCCUGUGAUCGGUCACGCUGCCCAAUAUUUGCUUGCUUAUAGUUUUGAGGAUUUACAUUUUUACAACUCAGACGUUGACAAAGAACCCCUUGAUAAGUUACGAGCAUGGAUUGUCUCUGAACGUGCGAACCACCUCGAGCUGUACGUCUACUACCAACACUCAAACAGUCGGGGAGUCUUCAGUGAGAACUCAGAGGCUAACAUUGAAUUACUCGAAUUUGGCUGCCCACCCGAAGCCACCUCUCGUAGCCUUGCAAGCUUUACCGUGAAAAGUGAGUCUCCUUUGUAACCUUCAAUGAUUAAUGCCUGUUGGAAUUUUCGCAGUCAGCUCGCCGUACCGCAUAACAACACGGCAGAAUUACACGCCAACAGCAAAAUACCUGACGUCUGUCCGUGUUUGUAUUGUAUCUUUAUUCGUUUCUUUUAAUGCAUUUUUUAUCAGGAUCAUCUCGUACUUCCAGAGUAGCCUCCACUUCACUUUUCUCGGUUGCACUUCGUUCGCCUGUCCUCUCUCACCACCCCCAUUCUUCUGUUCACGUUCAUCCCGCUUCUGGAGCUGUAUGUUUACUUAACUUAAACAAAGGUGAUAAAGGGAAUCGUAGGUAAAGAAAGAUUGAACUUAACUACAGUGUACUUCCAUAGAGCAACUAUGUUAUCCAUCAAUUGAGGCUGACGGUCACUGAUCCCUCUGUACUGCGGGAGCGGUACUCACAUAGACCACGAAGUUCUGGUAUAUGGAUUUGCUAGGCUCCCACCAAGUAAUCGGCAGUCAUUAAUUCUGAGGUAUGUCCACCAUAGAGAGAGGGGAUAGCAAAGUGGUCAGUUUCGCGCGCAGAGGAGACAGACGCGCUAUUUGACCAGGAUUUUACCAACAACAACAACGACAGCGCCACAACAGGGAUGAGAAAGACGAGGAUGGCUGGGCAACUAUGCUCACGACCUGUUUAGCCAGCGUGAGCGCAGGCCCAUCUACUGGCAGGGGACCAGGUGACAGAUAACUGUCAGCGCAUACCAGGCUACGAGGGCCAUGGUUCGCUGAUCCUGACAUAGCAAGUGCUUAGAGACCCAGAAGUGUGACACGUGGCCCUGAAUUCGCCUGGGUCAUUAACCUUAAAUGACUGAGUAGCUGGCCAGUCCUUGGCUGCGAGUCGAGUAUGACUCUCGACGGAUUUCUCGUUGUAUGUAUGCUGGAGUGUGGGGGAGUCUACACUGAAAGAGACCCUAAUAUGGAUCCUGAUUUCCAGUUUUUAACAAGAAUGUCGUUUUUUACUAGCAUUGUGUCAUUAUGUGAAGUGAUACGGUUAAAAUUCAGCACCGAAAUAGUAGAAAUAGAAUUGUCAUAGACGAUGGGAAGAUUGCCAAUAUAUGUGUUCCGUAAACACCUAUUUCACUUCUACUACGUCGCCUCUUCCGUACACAAAGCAGUCAUUUUUUACUUCUUAAAAUCCUCACAUCAAAUUCUCUCACUGACUUUUUCGCCUUUGUGUCUUCUCACCAAUAGCCAAAGGAUUUACCCUCCAGAACUCUACCGCUGAGAUCAAUGUGGACAACAGGGAGUAUGGCAGGGGUGCGUUCAUUAAUUACCACCCCUACUCUACCGCAUUCGGCUAUGAGCUGCGCGCCCUGGUGAAGGAGGAUAACGAAAUAUUCACCAAAACUCUUCUAUCCAUCCCACCAGCAGACGAAAGUCGCCUAAAGCUGGAAUUAGAAGGCGAGUUUUUAUCUACUUUCAAUGAAACUGAGUGCUCGCUCUGAGAGCGGGACACCCUUACGCUUUACAAACACAGGUUUCGUGUUUUUUUCACUAAAAGGAGGAAGCAAAUAUUUCCCAAAUCACGAUUUUCUGAUAGGCAGUCUGUUUCCGGUCCAUUUGCAUGUUUGCUUUUAGCCUAAAUCCCACCUUGGAGGCUGAAGGAAGUUAAAUUGCAUGAAAGAGGAUGUGCAAUGCAAUGCUCGGUUUAACAGAUGUCGAAAGUUAGGUGCAAACGUUUGUGAGCAACGGCCAUCAAACACACUGAGAUAUUUUCUGGCGGCCUUCGCAUGUGCAAUUGCAGAUUGGGAUGGAAUAAUAUAAUAACGAUUAUACACUGUUCAGAAGACAUUACUGUGCCUUUCUGUAUUUCAAGCUUCCUGUCAAUUUGAAGCGUCUUUCAACGAAGUGCCAGAGCGCGGCUAGGUUUCUAGCUGAGAAGUAUGCUCUACAGGCGUACGAAUGGAGGUAAAUUUAAAUUACGAAGAGCCUUAGAAGCUCAGGAAAAGCAGGCAACGAGCUCUAAAAAGCCAAAAUAAUAACAAAAGCAUAAAGUGAAUAUAGAAUACAUCAUAUUGCUACGAUCUGUACCUUCCAUAGAUGAUGAAGUUUAAUGUACUCGCACAUUCGCAAUUAGGCCAGAACUUUCUGUCCUUUCCGAUUUGAAUAAUUUAAAAAGUUACUUAGGCAGCGUCAAUUGGUUUCUUUGGUAGGCUCGAUGAACGUAUCUUGAGACAAAAUUAGGCAGCAUACUUACGGUUGCCUUCAAAACUGUUUUAAUAGGUUGUAACUUAUUCCUCCUCAUUAGUUUGUGGGUCGAUCCUUACAGUCACAGAACUGGCGUUACAUUUUGGCAUAUGGACGACCGUCGGGCCCAGUAUUUUCCUUAGGCCUCAACAUGCAUUCUACAUGUGGACGUUUGUUUUAUUAACCAAUACGCCCACGUAGCCUUGAUCGCAUUUCCUUGGUCGUUUUGAUUGCAGUAAUUGUUCUGGAGUACGAUUAUUUAUAGAGUUGUCGCUCUGAUGGCGUCUGAGUGCGAGGAAUCAGGUUGAGCGAUGUUGGAAUGUCUCAUACGAGCAUACACUUUCAAUAUUUUCAUGUCCCUCAUGGCGGUUUACGUUGUGGGCCUUAUAGGAACGGCGUGGGUCAUAGCGCUAAAGCGCCUAUAAUUGCCAGAAUGGCGAAAGGAGCAAUUUUCAGUGUCUUAAGACGUCAUACUUAUCAGAGGAGGCCUGCGGUCCUUCGGUAAUGUUGGCAGACAACCUACAUGACUAUGGAACGUAAGAAUAAUAUCGAGAACUACCAGGGCAGUGAUUUGUCCGAGGGGAUUCGUCAAGGCUAGCUGGAGUCGUUUCCCCUGAAAACCAACACAUUGGGGAGUACUCAUUUAUUUGCAACUCGGUUCACGUCAGCCAGUGUCAAACUUGCAAAUGAAUGUUAUUUUCUAUAUAACAGCUUAAUAAAAGAUGUUUAGACACAUCAUAUACACCCAUUCACAUAUAUCAGAACCUCAUCACAUAGAAAAGUUGCAGAAACCCUUGCCAACUGCAUUUACUUCAUUCAUGAUCCAAAAACUCCUCUUAAUAAUCAAAACUACACUGUAACUUAGGGGACAACAAGGGUUCUUCUUAUUUCUUUCAUGCCGCAAAGUCCGCCGUCGGUCAUCACUGGAGUGUGCGCACCUCAGAUGUUUUUCCCAAGACUGUUAUCUUGCCAUAUCCGACGACAGCAUACUGUCCCCGAAACUAAUAGUCUUUUGUACAACAAUAAAAAAUAAUUCCUAAAUCUAGUAAACACCCUGUACGAAUGCAUUUUUUAUGUUUGGAAUGGCGUGCAGAGAUGUCGGCUUACCUGAAACCGACGAAUCCAGAAUGAGCAUGUCAUGCUUUGCGACGUUAGGGCGUUUCUCACCCAAAAUGAUUAAAAGUGGUAUUGUAGUUGAGACGUUCUCACUGUAAGUCUUACUUGGGCUAUGCUCUACAGAUGUGUGCUGCCACAGGCCGUAUUUGUCGUUGGUAUGGGCUUGCUAUAUUCGAAUGUAAAUGUUUAUUCAAAAUUGGCCCCUUGGUCAAUAUAUCGUCUGCUAGAUAGUUUAAGGACAACACCGCUUGGUAAUUAAACAAAUUCAUAGAUAUUUUGGCAGAUUUUAAAUACUUCAUAUUGACUCAACUGUGAAAGACUCGGGCCUCGGUGAGAUUCGAAUCCACGCAGUAAGGAAAAGGCUUCAGUACAGCCGACGCUCUAACCACUUGAGCUACGAGGCCCCGCCGGACGACGCGACUUUAAUCACAUUUGGUUCAAGUUUACCCGCCCAACCUGCUGCUGCUUCUGGAAUCUAUCAAAUCUAUAUGACUUAUCCAAAAUCUGUCAAAAUGUCUAUGAAUUACGUGAGCCUAGUAGUCAUCUGGUGGAUUCUAGGUGAAUUACUUAGGAAAUCCUGCUUGGGCAGUCAACUUACUCUAUCAGAUUUGGUGGAUUCCAGAUGUUGCAGUAGGUUGGGCGGGUAACUUGACCCAAAUGUGAUUAAACUUGCGUCGGCCGGCGGGGCCUCGUAGCUCAAGUGGUUAGAGCGUUGGCUGUACGGAAGCCUUUCCCAUACUGCGUGGGUUCGAAUCCCACCGAGGCGCCGAGUUUUUCACAGUUGGGCCAAUAUGAAGUAAACAAAUGUGCGCCGAGAAAAUGCAAACGUCUGCGGAGACUGGAACUUGUUGUACAGGAAUUGACUGUACUCUCGUAACAGGAACCGUCACUGUUUUAUUGUAAUUGUACAACAGACGUGCGCACAGGGGGUUAACCUUUAAAUUUAACUUGAUAACACUUUAUUUUGGUUAUCCUUUCGCAGCAACUAUUCAUAGAUAUCCCCCUCGAGGUCACGGAUUGUGUACAGUUUGUCCAUAAUCAAUUCAAUUCUUAUCCGUAAAAACCAUCGCCGCAAUGGCCAAGCGUUCUGCUUUACCUUGAACCAGAAAGAAGACCGUUUAUGGCGCAUGACAUACGGAAGUGUAUAUAUGACCUCGACAGCUGUAUGCAACAAACUCCUACUUUAUCAGUAGAUUGCAGCAGGUAAUAUUGGAUGAAAUUUGGGCCUUUUCUUCUCAAUGACCGUUAACAGUUUCUUCCGCGCUGCUAUUGUUUUUGUUGUUGUUGUUGUUGCAGAUGUUGUUGUUGUUGCUGCUGCUGCUGCCGUUGCCAUUGCUAUUUUUGUAUUGAAUGUCUCCGCGUUGCGCGAGAAUUCAGUCCUCAUUUCUAUGCUUUAUAGAUCCCCCAUUCGAAAUGCAUCUAAAAAAGCUGGACAUAUUGGAGGCCGCAAAGAAGAUCAAACUUCAGCUGGAAGUCUCUUUGAACUCCCGAGUACGUUCUAACCCGGGAAGCUGUCAAUACAUUUUGCUUUAAGAAAACUAAAAUCUGUUUGCGGAGGUUUUGGGGCUUUUUAGGAAUAGAAGCACUUUUAUUACGUACAGCUUUUGGCACUUCCAUUCAUAGAGGCAAUGCGAGCAGAAUGACAUCACGCAGGUAAACGUGCUGAUAAGGAGCAAUUAGGGUAUGUUAUGCUAAAUUCGUACGUGUUUUUGGCUUUAUAUUAUAUUUAAGAUCAAUUUUUCGAGCUGUUACUACCCUUCAACGGACAGGGCAAACUGCAUUUUUUUCAUGAGUCUGUGGAGACAUUCCGUUUGCAUAAUGGGGGAAUCGCGUGACAGAACUGCACCGCUCGACACACAUAACUUGGCAUGCUUGACAAUCUGAAUUUGUGAGUUCAUAAAUAUUAACGUUUGCAGUUGUUUACCAGUCGGAAAUGUACACUAUAGCUUUCUGGUGUAAGGUAAUAUUCAAAGGAGUCGGUGACUUUUUCAAGGGAAAUCAUUACUCAGCCACUGAUAAUGCGCGUAUAUUCCAAACAUUUAUGUUUACUUUCACAUAUUAAAUUUUGGCGUGGUAAGUGCAUUUUUGGUAAAUCAUGAAGACUUGAGAGUUACAGUUCGACUCGUGCGAAGGUACUUGUUUGCUGAUAAAAGGGAAAGCUGCCUGACUAAGAUACAUUAGGAUAGAAAAUUCGUUAUCAGCCGAAGUACCACCUCCCGCCAAUGAUCAGAAAAGUGACAAAAUAGCGCACACACAAUUCCUCAGUGCAUGCAGCCAUUUUUUCAGAAGAGAAACUAGGAAUAUUUAAGAAGUUCGGUUUAGUUCUUUAAUUUGCAAGCUGUUUUGACGCGACCUCUUUGAGCAAAACGUCUUACAAAUGGCUCUAUUUUCAAAGUAAUGCAGUCCACUUGUGAGAAAAAUCGUUUUUGCUAUACCUCGGAGAGCAAAUUUGUAAGUUAUAGCAGAUGAAAUAACAAAGAACCCUUCGUAUGCUCAAGCAAAAUGAUCCUUACAAUGAGGCAACUUUGAGCAUUAUUUCAGACAUUACCAGAGAGGAUAGUGGGCGCCAAAAAUUUAAUACGGAAUACAUGUGUGGAUAAAUUUUGCAGAAUUUGUGAUGGAAAACAUAUUUAAAACCUCGACGCUUUAAGAUUGAGAAGGAGAUUAAUACACGUACUCAACAAACAGCCAAAUGUGACGUUUAGUUACUGUCCCUUAUUCAUCCGAAUUAGUAGUCACCAAUCUAUGCAUUCAAUCCGAACACAGACUGGUUGAGAGAAGUAAGUUUUUAUUAUUUUCAUUAAAACGAGGGCUCAGCGGGUCAACAAAAUCUGUCGAUUAAUCAUUUUCAUUAUUUAUCAGUUCAACUGCAAAAAUAGUACCCGUAAUUAAAGCAAAAUGAAAUGGGCGAUAAGUAGUUAUAACGAGGUAGUUCUAUCAGUGUUUAUCAAAGAGAAUCUCUGACUGCUCGCAUUUGCAGCUAUGUCUUCUCUCUAUACUAGUCAGGACUUUAAAAUUUUGUCGCUGUUGCCUGCAGCCUUUCUUAAACUAAUCUUAAAAAUCCGACAUCAGAGACAAAUAUAUCAAAAACUUAUAUGAUAUCAACGUUUUGGCCUCACGAUAGUAUUGGAAAUCAGCUACUUUUAAAGCCAUUCAAGUCGCCAUAACUAUUACAGUCACGGAGAAUAUCAUUCAGGAAAGAUUCCUCUAUCUUCUACUCACUUAUUCGGCUAGAAUUUCCCGUAAAUAUACUUUUGAUUAAUGCUUUCUCCCAGAACUAUACCUUACACCGAUAAAUGGGAUAAAACGCAUGUUUUAACAAAUGUUGCGUUUGCUACAUUGGCCAUCCUCUUCAUCGUAUUCUAACUCUGUCUCAAAGCGUGACCGGUAAACGAUAGGCAUACGAAUGGGUAUGACUGUUUUUCCUCCAUGGUUUUAGAUGCGUCCGCGAGGUGAACUUAUAAACCGAGAAACGAGAAUGCGACAAAGAUAUUUUGGUGAGGGUAGGGCAUAUAACCGGCCUACACUGGUGUUCCAAAAUCUACCUUCCUGUCUUAUCUUGAUAGAUAUGGUUCAUAACGGUUUGCCCGGUAAAAGGUCACGAAAAGGGUUAUGAAAUACGCGGAAUUUUUACCAUGCUAGCGUCAUUGACGUUUAAGUUGCACGUACCGAACUCCAGGCUUGGGGUAUGGCUACGGUUAUUAUUAGAUUUAAUGUUAAUUUUGGGUUAUUCUUAGGGCUGGGAUGGCCAGGCUUAGGCUACGGUUUAAACUUAGGGUUGAAAAUACGUUUUCGAUUAUAGCCUAUGGUUUUAGGGUUAGGGACAGAAGUAAAUGUUAGGGUUUUGAGACUUGUGUCAUGGCAACGGUCACGUUUAAUUUUUCCUUAAAGGUUUACGAUUAAAGGGCUAGGGUUACCCAUUAGCGGCUUGGCCGCAGUUUGCGUUAGUGUCGUAAUUAAUUAUAGUUUUUGUCUCCUGACAUUAUUAUUGGCAUCGCGUUCAACUUUUACCUGCCCUUGAUUAGUCACAUUGUUAACAUGAAGCAUGGGGCGUUCAGAGAUAAAGUAGAACAAUCCUGACUAUUAUUUCUCAUCGGGGUUCUGUUUUACAUGCAACCUCAGGUGCUAGGUGAGUUUCAAAGCCCGGGACGUCCAUUUUAGUCUUAUGAGAAGGAUGGGUGAGCACAUUAUCACACCUGUUGAAUUUUUAGGAGAAAGCAUUGAGGUUCCAUCGUAGGGUUUCACGGUAUAACUACUGUCUCGGCUGUAGAUAAUAUCUCUUGGCGGGAUCCCAUGGUGAAGCUUGCUGGUGUUCGAAAGACGAUUUGAAAGGCUUCUUUAGCAUCGACUCGAUGAUUUAUUAUCAAAAGAUAUGCAGGGGUAGAACUCAAAAUCGAUCUGGUUUCACUCCUGCCUAGCCAGGUCGUUAUAGGUUCAUGUACUCUCUUCUCCAGAUGUCUCGUUGUACGGUCAAUAUAUCCACCUCCACAGAAGGAAUUAAAUGAAUAAAUAACAUCGAUGUGAACUUUGAUGGUAAUUGGUCUUUACCUCCAAAGCGUAGGAGGAAAGAAUUUGUGAAACAUACGCGCAAAUUCGCCGAGGGUAAAACAUCAGUGGUUGUUGUCUUCGGAUGUUGUCUUAUUAGAUCGCUUGCUGCGUCCUUUUGAAAAGACGGUCUUGUGAACAAGUUUUUUCUUCAUUUGUCGCGAUUGGCUUUACAGUGCGCUGCACAAUAUUUCAAAAGAUAAAUCGUUCUGGGUAUCCGUUUGCGCAGAGUAUGUUGUGCAGCUUCUGAAGUUCUGCUUCAACGGUCUUAGGAGCGCAGCUACGCCGCACUCUAGCUCUUAAUCCCUGAACCAAAAUGGUUUCAUUUAAGUUUUCUAACUAGCAUGUAACAUUAAGCGAACUAAAUUAAUGGACAGAUGCGUGCUGUCUUCUCCUUAGCACCUCUAAGUCUAAACGUAGCGAAUAUAUCACUAUCAGUUUUGGGCAUGCCUAUUCAGCAAUUAUUCAAAGCAGGAUAUCAGUUUGGCAUUUACCGAAUCGUAAAUGGUCCCGUUUUCCGCCAUCUUUCAAAGGCCAACCUGAGGAAAAUGUCGAAGGCCAUCUAAUUUUUUCAUGUUUACUGAAGAGUUAUUAAAGGGAAGCCUUAGAAAUGCAACUUUCGACAUAGGAAGCAAUCAUAAAAACGUCGAAAAUAGGAAUGGUCAGACUUCAUGGUUACUUAGCGACCAGUAAUUAAAUUACUCGCAUCGUAGAAGAAAACACAGACAUUAUGGUGGUACAUGCGUUUAGUGACAUUUGUUUCCCCACAUUUGCUUUUAAAAACAUAGACACUCCCAUCAUUUGCUGGUGUCGUCUGUUAACGUUAUUAAAGGUCAUUUGGUUUUCACUGAAAUAUUAAGGAAAAUAGCAUAUAAGGACGAUUUUCUCUGCCAGAUUUUCCUGCAGGCAAGGCGUUUUUUCUGGCCACAUUAAGAUAAGGUACACGUAGGAAUUUCUGACUACGAUUCAUAUGAGAAAGACAACACAGUUUUAAGACAAAUAAGUGGAAUAUGUGUUAGUCGUUUGCUUUAUUUACUCAUUUGCCUUCCCUCAGUUCACUUUUUGCAUACCUUUGCGCGUUAAUUGACAUUAAGUGGGUCAUUAUUCGCCGAUUUUCGUAGAUUUUUUUCCUCCUUACAUAACACGCUCAGUUGCCUUUUAAACAGAAUCCACGACACAUAACACAUUACCCGUCCACUUAAUUAUAACUCCACGAAUUCAGGACAUUUGACUAUUUAUUCCUAUAAUCCCCCGUUUCAUACAUACGUCGUAAGUGCUGUGCUUAAUCGUAAAAAGUUUGCCAAAGUUCUGGAAUGUGUAUUCAACUCAAAAAGAUUACAUAAGUAUAAUCCCAAGAUGUUUCAGUUAUUUCGGGAUGUCAGCUUUUGGAAGAAUUAUUUGCAGCCGCCUGCAAAUACUACACCCUGUAAAAGUGCCCACUUAAAUUGUAUGAAUUUUCCGCAUUGGUUUUUGAUGCCCCUAUAAAUUCAAAUAUCCUGCACAGAAAACAUGAAUAAAAAUAUUCAUUCGUUUACUCGUUUUGUAAAACAUUACGUAUUUAAAUGUCACAUUUAAAAAACGAUUAUACUUUGGUUUUAAAAAAUGUCUACUUAUGAGAGUAUUUAAGAAUGUGAAAUGGUAGUUCAUAACACAUCGUGUCUCUACAUUAACUAAUAUUGCUUCUAAAGUUUCGAAUAUGGCUCAAAUCCAUUAUCAGAUUUUAUGAACCCCAUACGAUCUCCUCAUAAACGUGUAUGGAAAUGUAGUAGCUUCCGUACAGGGAAAAUAUAAAGCAUAUAUUUUAGCAUCCGUAAAUGCAAAUGUAACGGCAGGUGGGGUUCAAAAUCACUAGGAAAUAUGAAAAACUUUUUGAAACCUAAUAAUGCCCUUUCUUCAAGUACAAAAUUUAAUGAUGUAGUUUUCUUCUAUAUGAAUAAAAGGACGAGUAUUGUUGUGCAUAUUUCCAAUAAAAUGUCUCUAAAUUUUUGAGGCCAUCGAAAAUCAGUGAGGACAAUUCACACUAAUUAAGUAGUCAUUUCUAUAGUAGUGUUUUUGUUGGCGGCCGAAAAGACGUCUGUUCUAAAGCUAGCAUCUCGAAGCAACUGAAUUACUUUGGAACUAUGCUGCUCAGUAAGUAGUAUUACAACACUUUAUAAUCAAACUUUAGAGUCAAAAACCUAUUUCAGAAUUUCAGUUAGCAUUUCAUGAGUUAGCACAUCUACUGUAUGAACAAUUCCUUUGUUCAGAUUGGACAAGUUUCAGUCAUCUCUCCACAUGAUUCUCUUUCUCCCAACAGCUCAUUUUAGAUCAUCUAAACUGCUUUCCGAGUACCCUGAAGCUUGUGCCUGUCUGGCUGCCAGACGACGCAGAGCCGACUGUUUUCUCCACAUCUCCAGUUUACUUCGACUUUAUGGCCAAUACUGACAUGCCAAGCCUUGACUUCAGACUUGUCUUCACAUUCAACGACACCAUUCGUGAAAUCCCAAUAAGUCUACCAAAUCCAAGUAAGUCUGUGCUGAUAUUGAGUGAGAGCAAAAACGGGUGAAUACCAACCCUUGCAGCUAGCAAGUGUGAUAGCUAGGACAGACUAUGAUUGUAGAAAUCAUUUCGAAUUCAAAAUGUGGACAUUCGAAACUCCUCUCAUCUACGCCUAUUACGAGCCCGCUGGACUUUCUACUGUUCAUCGCCUGUUUGGGCAAUUUCUCGUCCAGUUUCCGUAGUUUGGAAGACGUGUUGUCAGGAAGGCUGGAAAUUACAUUUGAGUCCUUUUCUUCAUUCACGUAAAUUGUAUCUUUAUAUUUUGCAUGACGCAUCACAUUCGCAUUAGUACACCACUGGGACCUGGCCACAUCCGCGUUCGUGUGGUUUUCACUUUUUGCUGCUAAAUAUUUGUCUUAUCCAAUAAGACAACUUUCGUGGCUUUUGGUCAACUGCAACAUCCAACUGUUGUUGCAGUUGUUGUUGUUGUUGACGUACCCUAAGCCCCUUGUUUAGAGCUACGUACUUCUGACAGAAGCAUUCGUAAGAAUCCUCUGGCGAAUUGGCACAGGGGUUUACAGAAGCGAACAGAGAAGUUCCAGAAAGCAGGUUAGAACACGAGGAUGCGAUCACUGGAACUAGAAAUUUAUUGGCUUGACGAUUCGGAUUCGCUCGGAGCCAUCCGCAGAUAUAGCUGCAGAUAAGACUUAUAUGGCAGGUUAAGUUUGCGAUUGAUGUAAAUUUAAGUUUAAACUAGGGUCGGGGGUGAAGCUAUAAUCUAGGUUUGCAGGGCAUAUUUACGGAGAUUGCUAAUGAUACCACCAUGAUUGAGGCUAGACACAGGCCUAUAUCUAACGUAGCACCCAGACCUAUCACUUGAUCCCAAACUACGCCUAACAUGAGCUCAAAAGCAUGAUACUGAACUUGCAUUAAACCCCAAACACAUACCUUUGUUAGUGCAUAUGUCUAAAGCCUGACUCUAACGCCAAUCAUAGACUUUCCAAGUUACCCACGGGGGGAGCUUCUUGGCAUAAUAUUCUAUUACUCCCACAACGAUAACAUUUUUGUGAUACAAACGCCACUUCGUGCGCUACAAUUUCGUUCCAGCUUACUAAUUUGUCCUGUCAUAUAAGUUGUACGUGCAUUUUCUGCCUGUAAAAAUAUGCUGCUUGUCAAUAACUGCUUAACUUCCUGUAUUUAAACCUCCGCAACCGUUACCGACACGUAGUUGGACGAGGUUUCUAGGGAAAGACCUUGAAGCAUUCUGCAGUAACUCUCUUUUUAGGUCAAACAUUCCUCAAAUUGCACCCUUAUUGGACCGCAAGCCGUCAUGUUUGCUUUAAAAAGUCAGGAAUGCCCAUUUUACCUCAUAAAGAGGCUUAGAGCGUCGGUUAACUUGAACGGAAAUUACUGGGAGUCCUGAAAAGGUCAGUUUGGCGGCUUAGCACAGUCAUUAAUCGUCAAAUUUGGCCUCUCAAAGACCUGAAGGGCAUGUUUAAAUUUAGUUCGUUUAAGGUGUGUUAGGUGGCUUCUCUGACGUCCAACCAACAGAAGAAGACCCUGUCAGUUUUUUAUAGUCAGGAGAUUCUCCGAUUGUUUUCAAAUCUCUCAGCUAAUAAGGCGGUAUGAAAUCGUCUGAAAACUCAUUUCAGUUGUAAAUACAUAAAGUGGACAAACAGAGACUUCUGGGUGAAAUUUACCCGAAGGGAAAAUAAUAAAAUUAAAUUUGUUUUGUUUUACUACAGAAGCACUAGUAGCAGCCAUACGCACUCUCCGCGUGAUGAAUUGCAACGCCCGGGCAAAGGUCGUGUGCUGAAUAUAGAGGGUGAACCCGUUUAACUUGUUGAUGUACUUAGCAGAGUGCUUCCAUCGGCGUCUGGGCAUAUAGCCCGUGGUGCUGCAGCAUUUAGUCCCUCGUUACUAUAAAUUAACAUUUUAGAUUCCUUAUACGAAUUUUAUCUGUGUCGUUACUGAACGUUCAAACAAUGCUUCAGUGCUAACCUCGCAGGCAAACAAAUUUUAUGAAGGAGGAAGAACAUAAAUAACUGACCUCCCUGAUUCCCUCAUCUGAACGAAGACUAAGAUGGCCUAAUAAUCAAAGUAUUCCGGAGAGCGAACUCUAAUAGCCACCACAGAGUCAGCCAAAAGUGCAUUUUCAGGAUUUCGGAAGCCAGGGCUUCCUUAUAACGACAACAUAGACGGAUGUUCGGAUCGAAUGAUUACCCGCGCAACGUUGUCAAUUGGAGCAUGCGCAAGCAGGGCGAGAGACCAGACUGGCCCUCUCCCAAAUUUAGGCGACCUUCCAGUACGUCAAACACGUCUUAGACGUCGUCAGCCACCCUCUCACGCCACUUGGAAGUGGAGUUAUAAACGGACCGGAGACAACCAUUAGAUCGCACUAUCCCUGCAGUAAAGUCUAGAUUCGCUCACCAGGUCUGUUCCGGUCGUGGACAGUGAAGUUGGGUCAAGAAACUAAGAGCUUAGUUCAAACGCUGGUGGUUAAACACGCAACUGAAUCUUAAGUUACGGUUUAUUUAACGAGACUCGGCUGCAUUUUCCAAUUCGGUUACACCAAAGUUCUCAUGCAAGGGGACAACCGCGGACUGCUUUAGUUGUAGUCUUCCAGAUUCCAGUCAAUUAACAAACGUUAUGACCUCCAACUCCAUAUUCCGCGUUGGUUGCAAGCAUUGUUUUCACCGUGUGCCGUUGGUAAAACAAACUGAUUUAAUAUUCGCUUUCUGAAAAUUUUAUAAUUGUGAAACGUUUAGACGUGCUCGUAUAAAUAUGCCCUAAGCUUACUGAACCGAGGCUUAUUAAUGCAGUCCAUAGCAUGCCGAACCUGAGUAAUAUCCAGUUCAGUUGUGUAUGUGGUACAGCAGGAUUCUCAGGUAGACAUACAGAAUUUAAUUAAUUUGUCUCGGGAACCUGCAUGGCGUUUAGUUUGUAAACCUAAAAACCAGACGAAAACUUGGGCUGCCUUUCAAAAGCUAUUGAUUCUGUUAACAUUUUCUGAAACCCAAUUUCCUUUUCCAGUCAAAUGCUGUACCUGAAGGAGGUGGUUGUUGUUUUAGGGUAUCGAAGUACAUGACCUUUUGGGCAGCCCUUCUAUCUAGUAUGAUUGCAUGCAUAAAAACACGAAAAAUCAACAAAACGCGCGCCGUAUUUUGUAAUGGCAUUUUUGGAUGUGAUUCACACAGGCAGCUAAAAGUGCUCGCCUAACAGCCAAAAUGUCGUCGUCUGACUCGUAAUUAGCCUUGCAACAUCGGCUGCAAAAUAUUUCUAUCGAAAAUUGGAAUAAAAAUAUCUCAUCAGUGCUCUACUCGUUUUCGCGCAUAAAAUUUGAGGGCUAUUAUAGGUUCCCCUGGGGUAUGUAUACUGGAUAUCCAGACUAAAGGCAGUAACACUUUUUGAUUAAUAGAGUUAUCCCAGCAGAUUGAACUGAGAUUGCUUCAGUAAUUCUGGUUGACUUCUGCCCAGCGUUUAGCUUCCAUCGGCAAAUCGAUUGUACUUUUCUGUAAUCAAAGGUAGGGGACCACCGCGCCUUUCGAAAUACCCUUGACUUAGAUACAGUUUACAUUGCUUGGUUGCCUCUGCAGAUGUUCGGCGUGUGUGGCUUUCCUGUCGGAACGCUACAGUUUAGACAUCCUGUGUGUUUGACAGUUGGGAGGGCGCCGCCCAUGCGUCCAUCAGGCAACUGUUCUUUGACUCCAUUCUCACCCCCUGCACAUGCUUCUUUGACUUCAAAUGUCACGCACAAUCUACGUCUGACUGACUUCGCAAGGACUUCUGUUUUGCUACAACAGUAUGCAAAGUGAAGUACUUUCAAAACGUAAUACCCUGCUGCUACUGUUUCCUCGCAUUUCCCUACCUCCCUCCCCGGUGACGCGUGUUCUUCUCCCUUUCCUCUUUUUGUACCUCCCCCCACCUCAGUCAACUGAUGCUAUCACCAACCCUACCGAACCGACCCUAUUAUGCUGUUAUCAUUACUAUCUUGACCUCCAUUAGGAUCUCGCCGAACUUACCUCUAGGUCACUUGAGGUUUCUUACCCGUCAAAUUUUGCCUGACUUGAAAACCUUUCUGCUGAUGUGUCUAUCAUAGCUAUUUCAGACUGAUUGGAAAACGGUACAUCAAGGGCGGGAUGCUCGUAGGAAGGUGCGGAAGAUACAUACAAGUUGGAGAAAAAGACUGCCGCAUGGUUACCCUAAUCGCACUCUUCAAUGACUAAAUUAGUUUGCUGUUCAAUUUCACUAAAUCGUCUUGCUUGAUUACUGAUCUGCGGCUAAAUCACUACAAACCGCGAUCUCAAUGCCAGGCAAUAUUAGUCUAACUCUCGAAGGAAAUAAAUCUGUCCUUACUUUGAAUGACAUUUAAUGGCCUUUUCCUGUCAUUGAUAAGGGUAUCCCAUAGGAGUAGAGACUAGCAAGCGGCUUCCCUAGUCUUUUAAAUAACUCCGAGGACCGUGGAUGUUUGAGGUCUAACGAGAACGCGUCUGCGGGCUCGAUGAAUUUUGGAAAUUUUCGAAGAAGUUUAGGAAAGUCAGUGUUCCACGCAGUUUUUCGUACAGUUUUCAGUUAAGAUGUAAGGUAGAAUUUCUGUAAAUAACCUCGAUAGUUGGAAGACUUUAUUACCGCCAGAUCUAGAAUGACAUCAAAUUUUGUCAAGUCGCGGAUCCUGCAGCAGGCGCAUCCUACAGAAUUUCACAAGGGAAGAUUGUUGUGCCAUUGCCCUUAAAGUUUUAGGUUGACAUAUGCUCGCUAUUUGCUGUUCAAUUAGUCCGUUCUAUCGCGAGGUUGCUUUCGACGCCUAGAAUUCUGUUAUUUUAUGGAGACUUUUGAAAUGUUAGGGCACUUUUAUUUUAUACUCCUUUUCUAGUGAAGGAAAAGUCGAACCCAGUGUUCAACACCCAAACCAGCGAACUCACCUGGCAAACGGUUGCACCUCAACUUAAACCGGCCGUGGAGGAAUAUAAGGUGACAGUCGUCACUACAAGCCUUGUUUGCGGGACGACAGAGAUGCAGGAAAUUGCCGUCCGCUCAAGAGACGAUUGUGAGUGUGGCUUGCAUAUUGCAGCUAUUUGUGAGUGCUCAAUUACCCUCUUCCCUGAAGGACAACGAGAAACGACGAAAAUAGGCUUUAAUAAUUUGGGCCUUGAAACGGAACCCUCAAAGCUGACGGAACCCGCUAGGCGUACUAGGAUGUAAAAUCCUAAGGCAUGGAUCUGAUUGCCCCGAAUGUGACCCAGCAAGCAUUUAGUUAGAUGAGUCUAACUGUACGGAACUACGAGUAUUAACUAGUAUAGGCUCCCUGGGUCCAAAAUCUUCCAUGUAAGAGGUUCGAUAAUUAAAAUUCAACGGAAACGCGUUAACAGCUAGUCUAUAUGUUGACUGAUAAACGUUAACUCCUCAUGGACUGACAUCACUUUUUACCGCUGAAAUUCUUUGGAACCCAGGGCUCAGAGUCUGAUUCAAAACAGCUGGUGUCCGUUCACAUUCCCGCAUCACAAGUUUAGGGUGGAAUGUCCUUCUUGGAGUAGGGGGUUUAUCUGUUACUUAUUUGCUCACAACAUCAUUUUCGAUUCCAUCUAGUGCCAAAAUAGUAGAUAGGGAACAUUUACAGUAAUUACACUUGUUUAGCAAUGGCUGAAAGACAUGCGUCGGUUACAGAUGCUGAAAAAAAUCUUACCGAAAAAGUCGAGCUCCGCAAAGUGUUGUCCUUCAGCUGAGACCGGUUUCGAAACUGCCGCUCAAAACUUAGACUACUACAGGUCUCGCAUGAUUAAAUAAGCAGUUUAUUUACCCUCGUCUUCAGUCCUCAGCCUAAGGUUGGCUUACCAAGUAUCAGGGUCGAGUAUUUACACUUUUUUUCCUCGCUCACAUCAGAUAUGUCAAGAAAAUUAGAACUAGGAUCCUAAAAACCUUUUCUAACACAUCAAAGGCACGUGACAGGCCUUUUGCAGUCAUGCGAAUCGUGUUAGAUUUGCAACUGAGAGUAUUGACUUAGCGAAAAAAGAGAGGGAUGAUAUUUCACUGUUGUACUGGGAAGAACUUAUUACUCAAACUAUGUUCUCUCUAACUUAUUGUUUGCUUUGCAUAAAGGCCCCAGUGAGCGAUGUCGCACUACAAUAUGGACCCCCCAGCAGUUGUCGAAACUCCGAAAUACCCUAUCAAACUAUACGUUAGGUGUAAGCCCCCAGUUCGCCAGUUUCGAUGUCCACUUUUCCUCUGGUCACAUGUCAACUGUAUCCUUCACAAUCGGAGAAUCAGGUUAGUAAGACAGUUUUUAUCUGAAAAAAGUUCAUUGACCAACAUUGAUACAUGUUUCUGUUAACUGUACUAAAUUUCAUGCAUUUGCAGUUCACCUGGCAACUGGAUUUUCAAAAUCUUUGUCUACAAUUGCACGUGACCUGUAACAAUGCAAGCAAUUUCCUCCAGUCAACUGAUAUUUUGUACUCCUAUAAACUUUUAGUUACUUUAUAAAGAAAUAGUUCUUAUUUUGCUUAAUAAGCGUUCCUUCUUUAUUGUUUUUUUAUUUUAGUAGCCAGCCCUUAUCACCGAAAGUAAUUAUCUCAUGGCUUUUAUGCCUAUUUGUAAUCAGUACUUGAUUCAGACACGGAGUACUUCCUAGGAUUUUGUUCCUUUAUCAAAAAAAGGCUGGAUGUGAAUGCAGACACCAUUUUUCCCAGCAUAUUUUCUCAAGACCACCUCUAGUAGCGAAAUAAUAUUAGAGGAGGUUUUGCAGACGGGGCCUUUUAAUGGGGUGGACUAUGCGUUGUAAAUUAUGCGGCAAAACUGGAAAAUCUUAUUUACGUCAUGCGUUUGUCCCAUUAGGGUACGAUGCAACUUCAUAAAACAAUGCUACACGUCCAUAUUUGGAAAGGGUUAAGUAACUGAUCUAGAACUAUCAUAGCCAGUGAGCUUUCGCGAAGUCUGUCAAGGUUCCACGCGUAAAAUCCUUAUUGCCCGCAUUCUUGUAUUAGAGAUGACUUUGCGUCAUAGUGCAGGACGAGUGGAUAUUCCUACUCUACGGAAGAAUUUCCUCUAAACUGUGCUAAGAGCAGACCAAAGGGUCAGCACUUGUCAUGCAUUAACCAAGUUUUAUUGGCUGAUAUCCAUGUGUUUGCUCUAUAAUAUGAUGACUUGACUGUCACAGGAGUUUAGCAUUGAGACUCUGUGAAUCAUGUGUUAGAGGCAUUCUGGCUUCCCGCUGACUUUUUACAUUUAAUCACGUUUUCGAAUUUUAAACACCCACUUUUUUAAGAGAGAUGGGUGCUCACCGAUCAGGUUACGGAACGUGCUUGUUUCGUUGUGCAUUAGGGCUCAUACUAGAACCCUCGCAAGAAGCCGAACGACGACUAGGAAUAGAAGAAGAUGACAUGAUACUGACAAAGACAAUGGAGACCGGCUUUGAAUCUCAAGUGGUCCACACUUGAGGACGGGUAUGACUGGCUGAUGACAGCUAAUAAACCAGAAAUGACCAUUUUGGUCUCCCUUGUCUUUGUCUGCACCAUAUCAUUUGAAGUUGGCAAGAAGGGCAGGAUUUAAUGGUGCCAAAAAUAUUCGUGACGGCUCGUCAGCUGCGUCCUGUCACUUCAUAACACAGAUAACGAGUGGAAAGAAUACAACAGAUUUGAAUUCCUGCAGAAAAUCAAUGCAGAAACAGCAAGGCCAGGGUGUUGGGUAAAGCUGGCUAAUCGAUAAGGUUGCUAACUCAAACCACGUAGCAGAAGAAAGUGAAAAAAGGGAGCGUUAACGAGCAAAAAAUUGAGAGGGGAAGGAGAAUCAUGGAGCUAGAGGCUACCAUGGCAAUGCUAAGUUAACCACGUUUUCCAACUGUUUACAAAGGUCUGGUUGCACCCGUCUUAUAUAGGCCGCCAUUAGGUAACGCAAUGUCCGAGUUUUUCGUGCCCGAAUAAGUACUCGGAAGGAAGUUUUGGGUCGACGGAGUGACCACUAUCAAGGAGGUGUUUCGUAAUGGAGGAACUCGGGAUUUUAUUUUCUCGCCUAAGGUGCCAUCUGGGCAGGUGCUCAAUAGAUCUGACUGCCAACUGCCUUUGCGUUCGCCCAAUUUACUUGCAUCCGCAAACGCAUGUGAAUUCGUAAACACAAUUGGAAGUGGCGUGCAUUGGCAAGGCAUCCUUUGCCCGCGGAAUCGGAAGUGGCUUAGUAGGACUGUAUAAUAAUAGUUCGGCUGCAUUGUACGUCCUUUCAAUUGUAGAACGCAGCCGUCGUUUGAUAGUAUUUAAAAUAUUGUCACCCUUAAAGGGCAAAGAUAUAAAGACGAGCUUUUGGCCGUGUAGAGUUGCGGUAUUUGUGGAUGAAACGUGCUGGAUAUCCUCGCUUAAGUAAAGCUUCCUUGAGGAGUGCAAAUACUGCAUCUAAUGUGUCGUUGGAGCAAAUGUUCCUAGCCCUUUGGCAAAGAGCGUAUACCAAGUUACAUUUCCAUUGUGUGGGUACAGAACUCAAAAAUGCAAGCAAUGUAUCUUCCAAGUAUUCUUGUGGAAAACGGAACGUCCAUAAAGUCUGGGAGCAUAUGAACCCCUAGGUCUUAGGGAAAACGCUGUUUUGGAGUCCAACAGAUUGUUGUCCAGCAACUUUUUAAUUAUUUUCCAGGCAGAGUCCUCCAAUGCCUUGGUAUCUUCCUUUCCCGACGUUUCUAAACGGAAUUUACUCUGAUCACGUAAAACAGCCCCCAGUUUGUCACGUAGUCAGUGCGAUGUAGAAUGACAGCCCCAUACCCCUUGUCAGGUUUAGAAAUUAUUAUUUGUUUAUGAUGCUUAAAAUCAAAUGGGACGGUCAUGUGUUCGUUAGUUAUAGGUGUACGUUGUGUUGUUGGAGCUCUGCGGUACUGGUGCGAAAUAUCAAUAAAUUUUGCUUUCAGUCAGCCCACAUCGUCAGAAGGUCUGGGUAUUAACUCGGAUAAUUGAGAAUUCAAGUCCUCGUCUUACUGUUCCAUUGUUUAUAAACAUAUAUAUGCAUGGAAGAAAAGGCCGUCAUGAAAUCGAAUUGUACUCGGGAAUUUUCAGGCUGUUUACAUCAACCCGCCCUUAGACGAAAUAAAUAGUGUGGAGUGGGAUAGCCGCAUUAGGGGGGUUGAAAUGUAUAUUAACGUAGACGUCGGAAGUUAAGGGAAGGUGCUGAAAGUUUAGUUGUGGUUCGCAGUGUCGGUAAGGUGCUAAAUCAGUGAAAUGUUGCAUGAUCGAGCAUACUUUUUUGUUAUUGCUUGCAAGACAAAUAUGUUCUUGGGGAAAGGUAAGAAAAGUAGAGCAUCUUUUCGACGCUGGUUCCCCUGGUCUUCGUCAAACGUUGACAAAAAGGGCUAUAACCGGUUAGCGCUUCCAAUCUACGUAAACAAAUCGACAUUUGUUUGGUUUUUGCGAUAGGAAGCGGCCGCAUUGUACGUCAUCAUGUGUCGAUUAGUUCUUCUCUUCCAUAUUUCAUUGGGGUUUUUUACAUGGCAUCAAAUUCAAUGUACCAGUUGAUGCAUGACUCGUGUGAAUGCACGACUUUAAGAAACUUUUGGCAUUUUUGGUAAAACAGACACCGACAAUAAGAGCUUUGUCCUAGGCGGUGUGCCCGUUAUCUAGAAUAUGCAAGGACGUUUGGGACGGAUGGUUUUGCCUCCUAACUGUCAGCGGAUACUCGUGGAUGUAUGUAGAGGCGGAUUUUCCACUUGACUGCGGUAUACGGUAUCGCAGGCACCGCACGGAAACUCUUAGACGACUUCCGUCUUAGUGAGAUAUCCGGCCUUGUCCUUAGGAUGUACGAGCUGAAUGCGAACAGUAGUCGUCGAUUUGUGCUCCCAUUGUAUUUGGUGUUUCCUCUAGUGUCUUUCGACGAGUUCAGGCACAUUCCUAAUGUACGAAUAGGCUUGUCAGAUAUUUACUAUGAGCACCUGAUUAGAACUAGCUAGUUCCCUUUCUUUUAAAUCCUGUUGUUUCAUGCAUCGACGUUCGACGCCUCUAGGGUAACCAUUAUAUUAUUUCUAAUUGGAGCUGUUUUGAGCUAUUACCGCAUCAGCAAAUAAUAGCAUGCUAACAUUAUUAUCUACCUUGAAGCAGACAUCAGAAGCGUCGAGUAGUUGCCCUGAAAUAUUACUCAAACUUGCAUUCGAAUACGAAACUGUGGUCUACUCUUAUCUAGGUCCAUCCGAUUUGAAGGCUGUCUACGAAAGUGAAACACCACGAGAACAUAUUGUAAGCCUGGAACCCUUUCAAUCCGUGUCUUGUGAUAUGGAGGUCAACAGAUCCGCCUCUGAACCUGACGCCACUUUCGAAAUUAAGUCCUUUGGCAUUCUGUCAAAUGGCAAGUCUCAGAUUCCGAUUGAGGGAGUGUCUUUCACAAAAGUGGAAGACACAGAUCCGCGGACGCCCGGUGGUAUGUACCGCGUGGAGAAUCUCCUGCCAGGAAGGGAAUACGAGCUUAGGGUAAGUUUUUUUUCAGUCUGGGCUAUCUAAACUUAUGAAAAGGUGCUAUUCGAGCAAUGUGUUAGUUCAUAACAAGAUACGGCGAGCAUACGCGUGUGUUCCAUAGAUUCUCAUCGGGCCUGUACAUUUAUAUGCGUACGAGGUACAAAGUAAAGCGUGUGAGCGACAAAAGCCAUCGACUACGGUCCGUCUUUUCAUAGGGGUAUGUAAAUAGAGGCGGGGGAGAGGAGGCGGUGAGGGAGAGGGAGGGCUAGGUAGAGUCGCGUCAUAAGGGAGGGAGGUGACGGGGGCGCGGCGAAAUGCAUGCAGUUAAUCGAUCUCUGGCCAUGGCAGACGCGGAGCGUGCAAGAGGUCCUUCUGCGCGCACAGGACUGGUCUGCGUAGCCUGAUGGCAGUCGCUUCUGCUGUUGCUAGUAGGCGCUGACCCAGUCGCUUAGGAUGGUAAGGAGGGACAUUGUAAAUCACAUGGAAGGCUUUGUUGGGAUCAACACGAUACUCAAAAUCAACCAUGUGUGUGAGGAUGGGGCUGCGUACGCUCAUAACUUCACCCUUCCUCAGCCAUGCCGGCAGGUGUUCUCGUAUUCUUGUGGAUAGGCACCGAUUCGUGCGACCUAUAUAUCCUGUUCCACAGAAGCAAGUAAAAGAGUAAAUGCACAUGCAGGUGGUUGGAUCUGGUAGCCUAUCCUUUCCUUCCCGCAUAAGACGGGGCUGAUCAAAAACAGUACUUAAACUCUUGCUGUCGGGAAGGUCCGUGAAACGGCCAGGUCACGGCGCCUUCUCAGGAAUGCUCUCGCCGCGUCCCUUGAAAAAGAACUUUAAAGAGCGGAGUUUUCCUAUCCGCCGCCGGUAUGAUGAGCUUUGCUGGACGUUCGGCGAGAUUCCUUAUAAUAAAUCUGUCAGGAUACUUAUUCUCUCAAAGCAGGUCCUAGAUUCAUCUACGUUCUUCAUCAAAGCCAUCUGUCGAAAAAAACUUUCUUGCCCUAUGCACCAAACAACGGACUAGAUUACAUUUCUGUUGAAGGGGUACGAAACUGUAGAAGUUCGUAAUAUUGCCCAGACAAGGUGUCUUUUCGAUAGACGCUUUUUCGAAUUCUGCCGUCAGCUCUUCUGCUUAGAAGGACGUCUGGGAAAGGCAUGACGCCUGCCCUUUCCACCACCAACGUAAACCUGAUCGACGACUGUGCUUAAUUUGCAGCUUCUCAGAGGGUGAUUAUGUUGAUUUCCCUAGUGGCUAUUGCGAAGAUUUCUUCAAAGUAGCGACCGUAAUGCCUUAGCUUAUUGAUUUGGUCGUUUAACUGAAACCUCUUCAGCUUACACAUGAAGGCAUCGGCUAGGAUAGAACCAAAAAGCGAUGCCAUAUCAACUCCGUCUAUUUGUCUAUGUAUAUCUGAUUGUCAAAAAGGAACUGCAUAUUUUGUUUGAAUUAUAGUAAAAAUCCCCUGAAUGCGUUCGUCGUAAUACCUAUUUUCUGGUGGUUGGUUGACAGAAAUUCAAAUAGGUACUCGGCUGUCUCUGUGACCGCAACGCUUGUGAAGAGUACUGAGGCAUCAAGUGAAAACAUCACCAUACCAUUUAGGUUUAGGUUUUUAAUGUCAUCAAUUAAUCUGAAGGUAUCCCGAUGGCUAUGUGGUGCUAGUUGAUACUGUACAGACUUUAGUUUUUCUGCUAACCACAUCUCUACCGCAUGAUAGUGAGAGUUGCGUACGUCCAAGAUCGGACAGACUCGUAGGCCAUUCUUGUGGAUAUUCGGUUGACCAUACAAUCAGGGAAUGUGUGUGCCUACUGAAUGAAGGUUUUCGAGUCCGCGAUCGUUUAUGAAGUCUUCUCCUUGGAGUCUACGCAGGCAUUCGGUUAGUUGUGACUCUACUUCGUCUGUGCAAGCUUUUCUUUGCCAUCUUUCUUGAAUUUCUUCUGUUCUGACAAUAUGGACUGUAUUUCUGUCACAUAAUCCGACCAUUUUAUUAUAACAACGCCUUGGUUGUUAGAACUUCAAAUGUAUUGCCUUUAAACUCGAAGUACAUAGCAGCCAAAUAAACCAUGUUUGUUUUAACUAUUAUCUGAGAUGGAUGACGUCGCUUUUACCUUUUUUCAAUUCCUGGAAUUCAUGCAACAUGUAGUUUCUUAAAUAUACGCAAGUGUUAGGUAUACGGUGAGUGGUGACCGACCAUGGGCAUUUUCAAGCAAUUCUCUUUCGUCUUUUGGUUUCAGGGAGCCAUCAAGUAUCCAAGUGGGAUAGAAGAUGAGAUGUCAAAGGAGAUUUUAUUUAUCACGCCUGACGGUAACUUCUACGAACACCCCGUUUCGUACUUAUAAUCUAAGAUUUUCAGGACUGUAGAAGCACAUUCUUCAUGAGGUAUUGUCUCGUCUAUUUAGAGAUUUUGGUCGACGUUGAUGAGGCAAUAAAGGAGCUGGGAGAAGAAUUACAACUUAACUGUAAGGCGUACGUCGGAACUCAAAAUGACACCCAAAAGGAGGUUUUAUGGCUUCGUAGUGACAGAUCACGACUCCCCGAGGGUGCCUCCUCAAGGACGAACCGGACGCCUAACGCCGAUGGCUUCUGCACUGCCACACUGAUGAUUCCAAAAGUCGAAACUUGGCAUGCAGGCGAUUACGGAUGUUUUGUGGAACCGCCGGUUGAAUUUUUCCUCCAUGUGCCGGCACGAUCAGUCCUAUUUACCCUCCGGGUAGGCGGUAAGUUACCCCUGUCAAUCAACUUACCUUAAAGAUUACUUCAUUUGACGUUUUAAGGCAUUUUCAUUUAGCCAUCAUUGAUGCAACCUAGUCUUUCAUGAAACAAUUGUGUUACCAGCAGAUUAUUUCUGCCUACCGCAUUUUUGUAAACUUUUCUAGUCAAACAGGUUUCUACUGAAUUGUCUUGUCCCCUUGCACCAUCUCUCCCCUUUUGCUGUCGAAAAAAAUAAGCAUCGGAAAACAGUUUUUGCCUCGCAAUUGCAUCUUUUCGCAUUUUAUGCUACAGUCUUAUGACAAGUUAAUAUACAGAAUACUGUUUUACAGUUGCGAAAAUUCGCAUUUGAAAGUACAAAGGACAAUUGGUUAACAUAGCUCUGCUUUCGAUAACUUUUCUUCAGGCCUGUACAUUGAUUUUGUUGUUGAAGUAAAUAUUAAAAAGGAUCGAGUAAGUAGAUAAUUAUGCUGUAGCUCGGGUUUUAAGGAGGGGUGAGAGAGAAUUACCAAAAUUACGCUUAGUUUCAGGUGGAUAAUGGUCACCGGGAAAGGCAGUUAUGCGCAAGUGGCUUUUUAGCUCCCCAGAAAUCAAUCAUUAAUUUGAAGUAAACAGGUGUAUUAGAGACUUAUAAACUCCGGCUGCAAUUUUGCAUGCAGCGGAGUCCAUCAGCCACAACGGAAUAACCGUGUACUACUUAUGAACUGUCGACAGGCAGCCAGUAGUAUAAACAGGUUACACGAUAAACCAUACUUUAUUAAACAGGUACUAGCCAAAAGCCCAGACUCGUGUUUCUCCGACAUUCUACCGUUGCUAUCCGGAGUUCGGUUUAUCAGUGUUCCACGUUUGCGCUCCGGUAGACACUCCAGUCUUGAAAUUGCAGGUUUCCAAGUUUCUUAGAAAUUACUCGCCAACGUGGAGUAACUCAGUCUAGUUGAGACUUAUAGAUUGAGACUGAAAUUAUUUAUGACCAUUUGGGCCGAAAUCCUCCGCUACUUAUGAGGAAACAAAAAAAGCUGCAAUCUCAAAACUGGAGUAUCUAUCAGAAAGCACGGGGGAACGCUGGAGGGCUCGUUUAUUAGCAGAGCACCUCGCAACUGUGUCAAGCAGCGGCAGAAUGUCAGAGAAAAGCGUUUCUGGACUUUCGACUAGUGCUUUUGCUGUCAAGUAUGGCAUGUCGUGCAAAGAUGGCAUUACUGACUCAUUAAAAGGGAAAACAAAUUUUAUUUUAAUACAGCAGGUGUGCUAACUCAUGCAAUGCCUUUUCAUUUCGAAAAGAUUAAUUAAGUACGGUUGUAAAACUAAUCAUCAUGCAAUGUAAUUCUUUAAUAAUUCAGUUAUCACAAGAUGUCGGCUGUAGAACAAACUCCUCUUCGGUAGCAUGCAAUAACCAUACUCUGUAAAACAUGAUUACUUAUGUGACAUGCAUUUUUCUCGUUGAUUUUCUAUGCCCUUAAAAAUCCAUUGUAUUUCACGGAAACCAUAUAUAAAAUAUUUAUUCUCUUGCUCAUUCGGUAGAAAAUAAAGGUUUCUUCAAAUUUUAUAGUUUCAGACAGGGUAUAAUUCGAUUGUAAAAAACAAAAAACAAAAAAACAAAAAAACAAAAAAACAAAACAAAAAAACAAAAAAAAACAAAAAACAAAAAAACAAAAAACAAAAAAACAAAAAAAACAAAAAACAAAAAAAACAAAACAAAAAACAAAAAACCGACAAGGCAACGGGCUCGUGGCCCGGUGAGUAGAGGCGUUGACUUCUAAACCAACAGGUCGCGAGUUCGAGGCUCGGGUGUUCCACACUUCGGGCUUGGGUAUGGCUGGCUGACGACGGCUAAUAAGCCAGAAAUGGCCAUUCCAGUCUCCCUUGUCUUUGUCGGUAAUAUCAUUCUGCCUAUAUUGAUUAUUGUGAGAUUUUGUAACAUCUUGAAAUGGCCGUUCAUAAAUCGUCAGAUCUCUGCAUUUAGCAAUGUGGUUUGAAAAGUUAACAACAUGGCCCAAAUUCGCUGCUAAAUUUUAUGAACCAUAUAUAUUCUUCUCUUACUAGCGUCGAGAAAUGUUUGGUUUUCUGUACGCAGAAAUUAUACGGCUAGUAGUUUGGAAACUCUGAAUGCAAUUGUAACGGCACGUCGGGGGUAAAAGUAUUCGGAAAUUGAAAAAGUUUGCGAUAACCAAAUUAUACCCUUCCUUAAAGAAUGUAACCUGAAGGGGACGUUAUUUUCUACCGAAUGUGCCAGAGAAUAAAUAUCUUUUUUAUGGUUUCCAUAAAAUGCAAUUGGAUUUUUAAGGGCAUAGAAAAUCAAAGAGAAAAGUGCAUGUCACAUAAGCAAUCAUGUUUUACAGAGUAUGAUCGUUGCAUGCUACCGAAAAGGAGUUUGUUCGACAACCGGCAUCUUGAAGUAACCGAAUUAUUAUAGAAAUAUGCUGCAUGAUGAUUAGUUUUACAGCCCUACUUAGUUAAUCUUUUCGAACUGUAAACGCAUUUCAGAAUUUCGUUCGACAUUUCAUGAGUUAGCCCACUUACUGCAUGUAUGCAUUUACAUGCAUAUGUGAUGUGAGGCCAUCAGCACAGACAAUGGAGACGGGGUUGGGCAUUUCUGGUCAACCAAACGUCCUCAGGUCGUUUUGUCCAAACCCAGAUCUGCCAUACUCAAACCUUUAUCCCGCGUUGUUUGGCCAGCUGUCUCUUCCUGCAUAUAUUACUAGCCUCUCUGUUAUUACCUGUUAUGACAUUGUAUGAGCCCUGAGGCAUGGCAUUAUGAACGGAUCCAGUAGUUCAAUCGUACUGAUAUAUAUAUAUACCAGCGAGGAGGGACGACAGAAAAUGCAGGUAGACUGAUACAGUACUGUUUUGGGCUCAUUUUGCCUCUUGCCACGGACCCUACUAAAAAGCAGAGUACGGCGAUUGAAAAAGUUCUAAAACGUCUCACAGGAAAGAAGCAAAUAUCAGGAGAUAUUGCCAAAUCCUUACGACAAACUGAGCCAGUCAUUGCUAAAAUCUAUGGACUGCCUAAGGUUCACAAACCUGAAAUACCACUGCGACCGAUAGUAUCGUUAAUCGGUGCACCUAAUUACAGGAUUUCUAAAUGGCUAUUCCACAAACUCUAUCCGUUGACAAAGGAUUGUGAAACAUCAAUCAAUAAUUCGGCUGAGUUUCUGGACAAAUUACAAGGACUGAGAAUCUCAGCAGAUGAAAUAAUGGUAUCCUUCGAUGUCGUUUCUCUGUUCACCUCCAUACCAUUGGAUUUAGCCAGACAAUAUACAGAGGAACGUCUCCAGUACCACGACAUGGAUAUCCCUGCAUCUGCUUUGUUAGAACUCUUAGACCUUUGUCUAGAAACGAACUUUUCAUUUGCACAGGAAUACUACCAGCAGCUGAAGGGAGCCCCUAUGGGAUCACCCAUCUCUGGUUUUCUCGCAGAAAUCACGAUGCAGAAGCUAGAGGCUAUCGCCUUACCACUAGUUAACCCCAAAUUAUGGGUACGAUAUGUUGAUGACACGUUUGUCAUUGUGAAAAGUGAUCAACUGGAAAUAGUCCACAAUAUUAUAAACUCAACACUUCCAGGAAUCACAUUCACACUCGAGAAGGAGGCUGACAACAGACUCCCAUUUCUUGAUGUCCUCGUACAGAGAAAACCUGACGGGACAUUUCAUACUUCGGUUUACCGCAAAGAAACCUACGCGGAAGUUCUUUUGCAUUACGAGAGCAAUCACCCGAUCUCUCACAAAAGGAGUGCCGUGAACAGCCUCCUUGCCCGAGCAAGAACUCACUGCUCUGACAACGAAACAUAUCAAACAGAACUGAAGUAUCUGUUCAAACUGUUUUCCCAGAAUGGGUAUCCUAGAUAUUUUGUACACCGAUGCAUGCGACGACAGGAGUUAAAAGAAAAAGAGAAGGAACUAGAUUGUUCCGAUCAGGCGCCUAAACCAAAAAACUGGCGAACACUUCCAUACAUUAAGAAUGUGUCCGAACUAGUUGAAAGACACCUGAAGAAGCACCAAAUUCAUGUGGCGCACAAACCGACGACUACACUUCGUAACCAGCUUGUACACCCUAAGGAUAGGGUUGGCUAUUUAGAUAAGAAGGAAGUCGUCUAUAAGAUACCAUGCAACACCUGCAAUGCAGUUUACUGUGGUCAAACUGGGAAAUCGGCCUCUACGCGAAUACACGAACAUCAGUUGGCCGUAAGAAGGCGCGACUACUUGUCCCAAGUUGCCAUGCAUACGUUGGAAACGGGCCACAAAUUCGCAUGGGACAGGACUCGCAUUGUUGGUGUUUGUUCAUCAAAAAAGGGCCGUGAAUUUUUAGAGGCCAUCCAUUCUGACAGCGCGUGCAUCAAUCGACACGUAGAAUUGGAUACGGUGUACAACAGCCUCAAAGAAAAGUGGAAAAGGCGUUAGCCAAUCAGAACAUCACACCAGCAGGAGUAACAAGGCAAAAUCGAUUUUUCGGCAUGUUUAAAUGUUAACUGUGUUGCACACUUACUUCACGUCUGAAGACGACUUGGGGAACCAAGUUCGAAAAUUUACAAUAAAACUUGUUUAAUAUUUCCCAAAGAGCUGUUUUCUUUCGAAUUAUGAUUCUUGGGAUGCCUGUUUUCCAAUAUAUAUAUAUAUAUAUAUAUAUAUCUAUAAUUAUGAUAGUGGGCGCUCACCGAUCAGGUUACGGAACAUGCUCGUUCCGUUGUGCCUUGGGGCUCAUACUUAAACCCUCGCAGGCAGUCGCACAGCGACUAGUGAUAUAUGUUCCGUAACCUGAUCGGUGAGCGCCCACUAUCAUAAUUAAUAUUCCCGAUCACAACCGACAGGACAACGGGCCCGUGGCUCAAUGGUAGAGCGUUCAACUCCAUGACCAAAGAUCCCGGGUUCGAAUCUCAAGUGAUCCACACUUGGGGUUGGGUAUGACUGGCUGAUGACGGCUAAUAAGCCAGAAAUGGCCAUUCCGGUCUCCCUUGUCUUUGUCGGUAUUACCUUUCCAUAUAUAUCUAUAUAUGUGUGUAGAAUGGUACUACCGACAAAGACAAGGGAGGCUGGAAUGGCCACUUCUGGCUUACUAGCCGUCAUUGGCCAGCCAUACCCAACCCCGAAAUUUGGAACACCUGGGGCUCGAUCCCGCGACCUGUUAGUUAGAAGUCCAACGUCUCUAACCACUGAACCACGGGCUCGUUGUCAUGCCGGUCGCGAUCGGAAAUAUACGGUGCUAGAGGAGCGGUCACUGAUUGUGUUACAGAACUCACUCCUCCCGUUGUGCCUUAGGGCUCUCUCUCUCUCUUGAGCCCAACCAGCAGCCGCACAGCACCCAUGACUCAGUGGUUGGAAGCGUUAAGCUUUUAACCAACAGGUCGCGGGAUCGAGCCCCAGUUGGAUAUGACUGGCUGACAACGGCCAAUAAGUCGGAAAUGGCCAUUCCAAUCUCCCUUUUCUUCGACGGUAAUACCAUCCUGCUUAUAUCACACGCCGAUGUGCAGCUGUUGGUUCGGCUUCAGAGAGACCUAAGGCACAACAGGAUCGGUGAGCGCCCUCUACUAUUAAAUAUAAAGCCGCAUAAGUGGCGCAAUGCAAAUAUAAUAAGACCUGGGAUCUUAUUCCUUGGAUGGGUACCCUAAAAUAAGGGAGCAGCAUGGAUCAGUUUGCAGAUCACAUCUUUCAUGCACUUAACGCAUAUUUUCGUUCUAGUACACGUGUGUCAUUAUGGAUAUGUCAUGCCUAGUUGACGUCCGCAACCUUCAAAAUUACAUAAUUUGCGCAAGCCAAGACCUCUUUAAGUACGCUUCAUCACCACUCUUAGGCAAACAAAGGAGGAGUUGUGAUGACGACACAAUUUCGGUCUAAAUUCGACUUUCCUCGCGGUAAUCAGGCAAUAAGUUGUCUAAAUCGCUUACAUUUGUCUCUUCGCAGGUCUGACAUUAGACAAAAAGCAGUACAAAGCCAAACGGGGCGAAACCGUCGAGGUAGUCUGCUCAACUACCCAAUUUGGCCCUCUUACCUGGAUACUUGCUGAUGGAAGACAUGCGCCAGUGUACCCAUCCGCUUCAAGUGCUCCCACCGCUGAACCAGUCUUUGCAACGCCUGAGAGUCCGCCAUCGGACAGGAGUCAGGCUCUCCGGUUAUGGAUAAAAGAGGCUGCAGAAAGCACAGAAGGAGACUACGUCUGUUCAAUGAAAAACGAGUCUAACAGUGCUGAAAUCACACAGCGCUUUAAACUACAACUGAAUUCAAGUAUGCUUUUCAAACAAUUUUGAAAGUACAGCUAGAUUACUGGGGUUAUAUUCAGUAGCUAAUUUAUACGGAUAUAAUGGCACAUGCUGUCAGCUAGUCUUUACAAUCCACCCUGUGUCCACGCCACAAACAUUAGAUAGUAUUUUAAUGUGCAGAAGGCAUGCUGAUGAUUCUCGGCUGGAAGCAAAGCUGAAUUCGCUUUGUUCUGUUGACAGCUCAAAGUCAGCAACAUAAUUUUGUGUUUUCCGAGCUAACGACAAGAUUAUCAUGAAUGGAACCGUUGCCUCUUUUUAAACCGAAAAAUUUUGCCCAUAAAUUAACACAACAGCGGGUGCUUCCACAAAGGCCAAACCUUUUUUAAAAGACAAACUUACAGACCCAGGUGCAUCAAGGAACCUGAAUGAUGCCUUCAAAUAUGCCAAUAUAUCAAUGUUUGUUAACCCACAUUUAAGUGGGCAAGUGGCGACAAAAUUUGAAGGUAACUUUAGAAAUUGCGUAUCGCAGCAGGUAUUAAUCGACCCCAGACUCGGUUUUCCUGCAAAUGCGGAUACUGUCUGCUGCUGUUGUUCAGAAGCUUCGUCGUUUUUAGAUCAUUAACCUAAGCUAGUUACUUUUUAUUGGUGUUUCCGGGACAUUUUAUAAGAUGAGCUUGAAGAGCGCGCAAAAACAUGCAAAUUCAUAUCUGCUGCUUCUUGUGUUCCUUUUUAAGAAUUUUUAACCUCCUUCGUCCUUAUUACUCUCUCAAUGCCUUUCUUUGGAUGAAAUUUUGGACCAAGACCCACGCUGACCCUGGGCGGAAUUGCAUGCUUGUACGGAUUUAGGGCGAAGCAUUAGCGCGAAGUGAUACGAAGGGGCUAGAUGUAUUUGCAGGCCAUGGAUCAUCAGAUGCUGCAAUGCCUGUCUGGGGCACGAUGUAUCUGUCAAUUCUUGGUGUAACUGUGUUGAUACACCGAUCUUCCACAGUUGAUAGGGGAUCAAGGUUUUAAGUCACGAAACAAAACUGUCAGAAAGCCAAUUUCAAGUGGAUACAAUCAGGGUACUCCGUUUCAAGCACACAAAAAAACCUUACCCCAAGGUAUUUUUAAAGUGAACUGCAGUUUUCGAGCGAUAUUGGCAGUUGGUGGUUCGAACAGUAGCCUCUGAAUCCAUCAUAAGGCUCCGUGUCACCGCAUUACAGGCAAGAAUCCUAAAAUAUUUCUUCCGUUUUUCGUGAUCUUAGAAGUUCACUGUACUAUAAAAUUGACAUUUUAAUUGUCCGAGUGCCUUUUGUAAAACGGCCCGAUGUAUCUGCCAAAGCAGGGGACUAAGCCUUUUAGUUAGUUUUAUUAUUCCUAACUCAAACUCUUUUUCUUACUAGGUGGAAGCCUCACACCCAAGGGUAGGCUGGCAUGGGUAAAGCGAUUAAUCACAGCACCGUUUCACACGCACCCUGCCAAUCUGUUUGAUUUUGUGGCAUGAUUGCACAGUCGACUUGCAGUUCCUCAGAGAACACAGCUCAUCAUCCUCCCUUUCUCUUUAUUCAGUGUGAAUGCAUGCGGUAACAUUUCAUGACUGUUCUUUUUUCGUUGAAUACCGAAUGCCCUUGUCACUCGAUAUCCACUUUCUCGCCGCUUUUUCGAGGGUUCGGUAUUGUGAAAAUAAACACGACUCCUGUCACAUUCGGCGAAGAGCAUGUAUUUACGUGCAAGGCAGAAUCACCGAACGGGGUUCAUUCAAUCAGAUGGUACUGGUACCGACCAGAGGAUGCCGUGUUCGAAGCAAUAGAAGGGACACGCAACGGCGUGUCGGCCCCUGCUGAUGUGAACAUCUCCAGCAUCUCCACCCUACGCAUUCGCGCUCUGCCAGGCCUCCAGGGCACUCUUGUAUGUGCACUUAUCCCCCCAGAUUGGGAGUUUUCAGAAGAGUCAGAGAUUCCGUACUACGCCAUGUCCGAGAGUAUCCUUGCCAGGGCGGAGACGGAAGUUUCCUAUGCUGCAUGUGAGUGUUCGAUUCCUCCUGAAUACUUUCGCAAUUUCGCCAGACUGUGUUUUGUAGAUGCCACCUGCACUUCUUCCCACUCCAUCAUCACUCAAAGGAAGCUGAGCUUAGUAGCAUGUGUUCACUGACAUGAAGGAAUUAAGCCUUUUACCUGUCCAGGAAAUAUUUUAGUUUCUGAUAGGAAGGUUCUUUCUGCAGCCUGGGAAGAAUCUCCACAACGCCAUUCACCAUCCAGCUGUUGUAUCUUAUCACAAGACCUAACUGGUUGCCCGUAGGGGUAAACGGGAGCAAUCCACAUACUGUCAAUAGAAACGAAGAGACGAGUCCCAGAAAGCAGUCUUGAAGAAUGAGACACGAUCGCCAGGACAAGGGCUUUAUUAGCCUGACGUUUCGGAUUCCUGCUCGAACCUAUCACCAGAGACAAAAGCAGAUAAGGAUGGUUCAUGCAUACUCAGCGCUGAGACUUCGCCUAGAUGGAGUAAUUGGCCACGCGGGGGGCGCACAAGUGAACACUUUUUCCAACACCAGGGUCAGCGCGUCAGAUGGUCGAGCAAUCGUCACACCAACAUCCAACGCACGUGAUGAAAUUGCAGCACUUAACGACGCCAAUGUCGGCCAUCACGCCACGUGCGACGAUCCCUGAUGAAGGGUGGGAGCCGUCAAUAUUCGUAGCUGUGCGGUAGCAUGGCGACUGCAUCCUAUAAAUACUGCAGCCCCUUAUGCAUGAAGUACCUGUAUCUGCUGUUGUCUCUGAUGAUGCGUUCGAGCAGGAAUCCAAAACGUCAGGCUAGUAAAGCUCUUGUCGCGGCGAUCGUUUCUCCUUCAAAAAUCCACACACUAGCAGCCAAGCUGGAUCACCCCUUUUGUUUCAAGGCCUGGCGCGCUGUAUGGGAGGCUGGAUCGUGUGUGGCACGCGUAGACAAACCGUCCUGCUCUGCCACCCAGUCCCCGCAUCAGCUGACAGACCGGCUUUGUCCUCCUCUUAGGACGUACAGUCAGAUUGCAAUGGCUCCUUCUUAACGUGUCUCCUACAGAACUUUCAUUCAGUUGGGAUAAGAUCCGCAACUUUUUCUUGUUGUGUGAAAACCUGGCCAUUCGUUCGCAGACCAGACGUGCGUUGAACUCGUAGAAGAAUUGCUUACCCCUGUCAUGCUUUGCGCCUGAACCCGCCUCGGGCAUUCUUGACUCCGUGUUGACACCGGGUCCAGGUGGGUGUAGGGGGUGAGAAUGUUUUUUUUACUAAUAAUAAUUUUUAUUCCAGACCCAUGGGGGUCCUUUCAUAGCAAGUAAGAAUAACUUUUACAUGAAUUUUGGGACAGGUAAACAGAAUCCAUACGAUACUUAAUUCAUUGUUAUUAAAUAAGUAGUAUGUUAGGAAGAAUGAUGAGCAAGCAGUGAAAAAACACCCAACAUCUAAACAAAAUGAGUAUGACUGGACAAACACUAUAGGAGAAAAAAUCUCUCGCUCCUAAAUAUAUAAAAAACAGGCAGGACCGGCCUGUGUGUGGCAGUAUAUAAUGAAUUUUAUGAAGGGGUAAGUAGGCGGGUCAGUCAGGACUGGCCUGUAUGUGGUCUUAAGUAAAAAGGUUCGAAACGGGCAUCAUCAAGGCAAAAUUCAUAUGUCGGGUGAGGCCAUUCAUGUCAAAGUGGCGAACUGAAAACCAGUCUCGAGGCGAUAGGAGCCCAGAUGCGAUCAGUUAAAGUCAGCCGAGUCCAGCCGAGGAGCGUGCAAGGGAGAUGCCACCAUACUACUAGUGAUGGACGCUGCGCAAGUCUGCUGUCAUUAUAAACCAAUUCACGCGCAAUUCACUAUCCCUGCACCUGUCUUGUUGUUGGCCACACUCUGACCGUAGUCGGAAUCGACUGUUAAACUGUCAGUCAGUUAUCGGAUGCUUAGCCUAACUGCAUUGUUCCAAUCAGGCUUCGGCGAACUAAAGGGUUGCAUAGAACUCUCUGAGGGACAAAGGAUGUGGCAGUACCUUUAAAACUGUACAGGUGUCCACUGGUACCUCGAGACCUCGGAAUCCCAAUCUAUAAUACUCACGGUCGAUAGUGUAGCGGAAGGGAGACGGAGAAAAGUACUUUUCUACAACCGGAAAUCACGCUUCCACGUGAUCGCAUAUAUUUUUACUUGCAUCUGACGAGGUAAAAUCUCGCGGUUAAGAUGCUAGAGCGUUUGACAAAUAUUUCAUGUUUCAUAGAUGUUUUGCCAUAUUUUGAAUAAUUCAUAUGGAUACAAAUGUGAAAACUCGGCGCCUCGGUGGGUUUCGAACGCACGCAGUAAAGAGCAGGCUUUAGUACGGCCAACGCUCUAAGCACUUGAGAUACGAGGCCCGGGUCAAUAUGAAUUAUUCAAAAUCUGCCAAAACAUCAAUGAAUUACGUGAGCCUCGUAGUCAUCUGGUGGAUUCUAGGGGAAUUACUUAGGAAAUCCUGCUUGGGCAGUCAACUUACUGUAUUAGAUUUCGUGGAUUCCAGACGUUGCAGUAGGUUGGGCGGGUAACUUGACUCAGAUGUGAUUAAACUCGCGUCGUCCGGCGGGGCCUCGCAGCUCAGGUGGUUAGAGCGUUGGCUGUACUAAAGCCUUCUCCUUACUGCGUGGGUUCGAAUCAGACCAUGGCGCUGAGUUUUUCACAGUUGGGUCAAUAUGAAUGAAAUACUCAAUGAUCAACUGAACUCGGGCUCAUGUCUCAGGCUCUAAAAUUACAUUCUCUGGAACACUUUUCACCAGAGAAGGAAGUUUACCCUUAUCCACUCUAAGGGAUUAGGAACUGGCGUAUAUUUUAUAAGUCAUGAGUUACUAGCAACAAAAUCUAUCCUUUCAGAGAGCAUUUUGCUGUAAUCAUCUUUCACUGCGGUGUAGUAAUUUGAGCCGAUAUAUCGGGCAUUUUUUGCCACUUAUUUUGGCUUAUCCGUAAGAUAAUCUAAUAAGAACUGCCUUUCACCACUGUCUCUCAAAAGAAAUUUAAAAUUUACUAAUUAAAAAGAGAUUAAAGAUCGCUACACUCGGAUAUGCUGACAAUAAGAUUAUUUUAUCUCCUCAAAGCUGAUCCACUUUCACACUACAAUUUAUGCUUUGCCUCUAAUCCUAGCUAUCGAAAUCAGGAAACCCUACGAACUCGAAUUAGGAGACAGUAUAGCGGUCGAUUGCUUUGGCUACCCUUCGGUUGCAAAUGAACAACUGCAAUGGACUUUUGAGGGGAUCAACGAGACCACCACUUCCUUUGUUAUCCAGCCUGAUGUUUCUAAUGCCUCGGUAACGGAAUUUCAUGAUCAUUUACCUUAACAUUAUGCGAUCAUCUUUAUGCCAAAGCAUUACUUCUAACUAUCUUUAUAUCCUCAUUCCUUUCGCCGUAAAACCCCCAAAAGCGAAUUUCUCGUGUCAAUCAAGGUUCAUGUAUUCAGUGUAUUUCUUUGGUUGAUGAUUAUGUUCUGUAUUUCAGCUAACUUGGAAAACGUGAGAGGUCAGCCAAAGGGCACUGCAAACCGACAAACCAGUCAGAUCUUAUUUAGAACUAAUUAUAAUAUAUUGCAGUCGCUGCUCAUAAUCCUUUGCCUAGUUUAAUUCGGGCGCUAUUCAGUAAUUAAACAAUCGCAGCUAAAUUGUACUCAUCCGACACGUGACAACGUAUAAAAUUGUCUCAUAGAGGCUUAGCAGCAUUUGGCUUGAGAAAGCAACGCGUUUGCAUGUCACCCUAUGAUUCCAUCUAGGUGACCUUACUAGUCACUUUGAUUUGGCUCCCUAACGGCCCUGCUAGCACAUGACCUCGUCCUGACACUAGAACCAGGCGAAGAAUGGAGUGGGGUUAUGGACGAGGCUGACGGAUGGUUCGUCAUUUUACACAACUGAUCAGUAGUACUGCAAUUUUCGCCGUAUAGUUGGCGUUCGUCGUAUAGCCCACCGUGGAGGGAUAGUGCUACACGUGACUUACUUACCAUUAUUUAUUUUGGAAGACGGGAGUGAACGGGGUCACCUGUUGAAAUCUCAGAGUUUGGCCCUGUCGUAUGUAAGUAAGCGGGCGGUAUUAAACGGAGGAGCCACUUUGACCUCUGGUAACAAAGACCAGGAGGUAUUUUGCUUGCAUGAUUUUUCUGCAUGAUAAUCUUUACACUGGGAGUGUCCACGCUAUUUGUGCUAUGAAAACUUGCAGUGUUAUCAGACACCUUGGUUGAACCCGGAAACGCGGUCCUGUCUGUCCAGCAAAUCAUCUCUUUUGCACUAUUAUCGAUUUCAGUAGGCGUAGUGCUGCUUGUGGAUAAUUUUAAUUUGAGGUGCUCCACUGGCAGCUGCGAUCAUGACCCACAAUUACGCUGGGGUUAGGGUUUAGGGUUAAGGCUUAUGUUGGAGGUGGGACAAGGGCUUAGUGACGGGUUUUAUGUUUUAGGGAUAGGACUUAGGGCUUAAGUGUAGGGUAAGUGUUAAGAGUUGUGGUUUAGGGCUGGGGUCUAUGUAAGUCAGCACCCACUUUCUACAACUUUCAUCAGUGGCUUAGGUCUGAUUGACCACACUCUUGGAUGGUUCCGUUUCGAUGACGGGUCAGUUACCAUUAUUCCUGGUGGAAUUGGUUUCUACUGGUUACCUGCGGCAAAAUUUUGUAGUACGCUGAAAUCCAAUGCCCAUUAAAAUAAACUAGCACAUUUGCCUACAAUGCUUCCGUUUUCUCCACGGUUUUCGUAGUCUCCGCUCUCUUUCAACAGCCCCCCCCCCCUGAAACCCGUGUUACCACGGUCCUCGUAUUCGACGCACCUGGGCUCCUCCAUUUCCUACUAUGACCACGUUUCCGAGUCUUGCCAAGAGCUGUUCUAGAAGUGAAAACACCUGGACGUGGGUCAUGGUUCAGUCUAUCCCCGUUUGACAACACCCACAGGAUGGAGUCAUGUGGUAACUGGGUCAGGCAAAAGGACCGCUAUAGUCGCCUUUGACUUAUUCGCCGCUCUAUCCAACCCUGACUCAAUCUCUCGUGGUAUGCGAACCAAAUCAAGCACCGAGAUAGCACGUAAAGGUCAUAGCUGCUAGUAUCAUAGUCACAGUACUGAUCCAGGUAUAUGCUUUAGAAGUACCCGUCUUACUGUCUUUGCGGGAUAUUGCGUCGUUAACUGCAGCAGUCCCCAUUUGCCUGCCCAGAAUGUUUCGUCCUGCAGUAGUCGACUUGCCAACAGCCAUUUAUCGGGCGCUAUUAAUUAUCUACUGUUAGUAUUCGGUCUAGCUGUUGAUUUUCACUACAUUUCAGAGUGUAAAGGACCUGCGUAACUGCUUCUCUAUCGGCAUGAACAGCGCAGCCAAAUGGCCUGAGCAUCAAACAGACGAUAAAGACGCCUAUAAACCGGACCAUCUUCGAAUACAUGUAUAUACCGACAGAUCCUGUUUAGAAGCUGAGGGAAGACUUACGUGCCGGUAUUCUGGUGAGAGCGAUGGUCACUCAGCGACCAAAUCAAAACUUCAGAGUGGGAUAAACAAGGAGCGGGCGGUCGCUGCAGUUCUUCUGAAGGAAAUACGAGGCAAGUUCCCUUCAAAUUAGCAGACUUAAAUAGCCCAAGAAUGUAUUUAGAACCUCCUGAAGACGCAUUUUUAUUUUCACUUGUCUUUUGCUUUUCUCAAAUAAUGAAAAACAGUCUGGCAUAUUCAUGCACGAUAAAGCAACUAAGUGUUUUCAAGGAUACAGCCCGACCGUCAAGCCCCCAUUUAAUACAAUUCACGUAUAACAUGUGCAUGAACACCAGCGAACUAAACAGAUUGUGGUCAGCUAUGAAGAGUUCUGACUGACUCAUGGGUUGGUGUCUGUUGUCUACGGGUGUAAUGUCAUCAACGGUCGUUAAGUAGAUACAAUUCAGAUCCUAAGUAGUGGGAUGCUUGCUGGAAGUUGUUUUCGCAACUUUUGGGGGUCAAGUAUCCGUCUAUGCUUCCAGCUUGUUCGAAGUAUAAAAAAGUAAUUGGUCGUUAGCUGAAUGCAGAACAAAAGAACCUCUUGGCAGAUGCAAUUAUAGUUCAUAGUUUAAUUUAUAGGUUUUUUUCGUAAAACGUUUUUUUUCUACCGUCAGACGGCCUCUUACUUUGGUACCCCUUCUGAGAUAUGUUUAUCCUAUUUUGACCACAUAAGUAAAUACCUAAGUUUGAAAAGCCCUAUCCCGAGACUGAAGUCAAACCAUUCGAAACUCCCAUUUCAGGCGUCCACAAACAGAAUUCCACUUCUCCAAAAAGACAAUCAGAGGAUGGAGAAAAAUCGCAUGAAGAAGAAGGUAAAAUGAAAACGAUAUUUCUUCACUUAUUUGAUGAUAUGUCCCUGGAAAAAAUAGCCUCUUAACUAACCGUGUUUAAAUACGUUCUUGACGAAAGUUAAGUCAUUUGUCCAUGGACGAAUCCGCCUAAUUUAAGUGAUCAUAAAUAUGAAACCGCUAUGUUAGAAGAGUCCAUACCUUCAUGUUCUUGAAUAAAUAGUAAAAUUUUCUUUAUUAGCAAGGUUACAAUUCGGGGUAUCGGGACUUCCCCUUGCUUCUAAUUCAGUGUCCUCGAUCUCUCGAAAAGUACCAAAUUCAUUUAAAUAUCAAUUUGCAAUAGUAUCAACGAGCGUAUCCGUUUGUUGGACUUAGGUAGAAUGUUGAGGAAGUAGACAUUAUUAAAAAGGGCCCAGAUCUAAUUGCCAGAGCCCAUCUGCAUUCGUAGCUCUGAUCUAUUUUUCUCCACUCUGUCAACAGGAAGUACAAUAUCGUUAGAAGUCUCCCCCAUCACUGCCAACCGACCAGAGGAUACAGAGGGUGAAAUUCGAGGAAGUGCUGGCGAAUUUAUUAAACAGAGGACCUCAGACUCCGUCCGCAUAAAUCCCUACAUCUUUUUCUCCUUAUUUCUCACGGUAGCUCUCAGACGCAGCCUUGUCCAAGACUACUUUGUUCUUGUCUAA